AUUUUAUUUAUUCUUUUUACUUUUUUGACUCUUCCGGACUCCGGUAAGUUAUUAUAUAUCUUAGUUUAUUAUAAUUUGAAAAUUACGUGGAUUGUAUAGGAACAAAUAUUAUUAAUUUUUGAGAAAUGUUUCGACAUACUAUAAGUUUGAGUAAAAGAGAAAUUAAAAAAUGUUUGAUAUUUGAAAAUAUACCUUCAGGGUCAGAUUUAGAGACUUCUGAUGAAGAUCACGAUGAUUUCGGUAAAAACCUAGAUUUUAAUUUGUGUUCCGACAAUGAUGAACAUUAUUCAGACGAAAAUGAAAUUGAUUUCGCUCCUUUUACUUCUUCAAACUUAAAUUCCACUUCACUAAUCAAAAGACGUAAAUUAAAUUCAAAUAUUGACGAACUAGAUCAAUCUAGAAAUGCUACAUCAACUAUUUCAACUUAUUCACAAACACAUGUUCCAAAUAAAUUUGUACUUAUUCGUCCAAUAACCUCUAUAGAUGUACCAACUUGGUCUACAGAGUAUAAUUUUAUUUUACUAGAUAUAAUGUUUGAUGAUUCGCAAUCAGCUAUUUGUAAUGAAAUAAAAGAAAUGGUUGAUAUCACUCCUUUGGAAAUAUUUUUAAAACUUUUUCCAGAAGAUUUAUUAGAAUUAAUUUUUUUUUAAACAAACUUAUAUGCUAUUCAGCAAAAUACAAAAAGCUCGACUUUCAGUAGUAUCAUCAAAAAAACCAAUUGUUAUGAAAGUGUACGUUAUGAAUCUUCAGCACAUCAUCCAAUCAGAACAAUAUCAAGGUGUGCGAAUUGUAGCACAAAAAAAAAAAAAACCGUUUCGUUCAAUUUGGACUUUUUCUGUACGUAAAGUAAAUCAAGUACAUUUUCUAUGUAUGGGGAAAGAUUCGAAUUGCUUUCAAGAUUUGCAAAAACAAAAUAGUAUACAAAAAUUAAAAAAUAAAUAAUAUGCAAUUAAUGUAUUUACAAUUUUUAUUUUUAGAAGUUAUUUAUUUCAUUUUAUUAUUAUUCAAAAAAAGGACAAACGACAUUUUUUAUUAUGACAUAGUUUGAAUUAUAAUUUGGUAAUUAAAGUUAAUUUACUGUUUUUAUUUUAUUUGAAGUAGUUGCAAAACUAUUCGAUAACACUUUAUGAUAUACUGGACAAUUUUGUUAUUAUAUGCAUGGUGGUUAGCAUAGCAUAGCAAUUGCAAAUUUCAAGGUUAAAAAUUAACUAAGGAAUGUUUUAGUGCUAUGAUUAUUUGUUUUGGUAGGUAUCUAUAUUAAAUGUUAAGGAAACAAAAAAAAUAAAAAAAAAAAAAAAAUUGACGUGCAUCUAAGGUACCAUUUUCAUUUGCCGUCCAGUGCCGGAAAGAGUUAAAGGAGGUCAUUUUUUGGUUUUUUUUAGGAGAUUUUUCAUCAAAUGUGAAAAAACGAAAAAGAUCGGAAGAAAACAGGAAUAUGUAGGAAAUAAAUUAGUAAAAUAUUACCAUUUUUUUUCUUGGAUAACUUUUUUACCAGCAAUUUCGCUCCAAUUUACAAUAAUAACACUUUUUCUGAAAGUAAAUCUGACUGAGAAGGUAAUUUAUCUGUGUCAUUUUUCAAUUUUCUCAAGAGUUUCCCUGAUAAAUGUGAAUAAAAAGGAAAAACGGGAAAAUCGGUACAAUAUUAAAUAAUUAUUAUUAAAGAAAAUAUAUAUUGUCUAUUCAAUUAUUUUACCAUAAUAAUUUCCACGGAUUGAUAUAUAGGUAUUAAGAAAAAUGUUGGCCUCAGCUUCGCCCAAUUGAAGUAAAAGUUCUAGCGUUGCCACUGUUUCACCCUCUAAAAUUAGGGCGACAAAAAAAAAGAGUAAUACAACAUUUUAGAGCUACUCGUAUUUAUUCCUUAAAUGUUAAAAAAAAAUUUGUAAACGUUAUUCCCUCGACCCGUGUUCACUGGUGUCACAAUUGUUGUCUGAUAUUUUUAAAAAAGAGUACUUUCCAGCCAACAACAAUCAAAUUCACUAUAAUAUUAAUUGUUUUUUUUAUUAUCUGUGUCACCAAUCCGCCCCAAAAUCACAAAAAUAAUUCAAUGGUCGUAUCAAAACUACCAAAAUCCCUGCGCGAACAACCAAAAUUAUAUUCAAGCCGCUUCUUGUAUGAACUAUCCUUUAGGGGUUGCAGUGUGUCGAAGUACUGUCAUAGUACACAUAGUGUUCAGACUUUUACGUGCAAUAUAUUCAGUAGUGAAUCGCGCACAGAUAGAGACAUUUUCUUUUAUUAAUAUAGAAGACUGAUUAGUGUUUUUUUUUUUUGUAUAAGUAAACAACUUUUCUACUAAAAAUCUUGUUCAGAUGAUCAACUAUAGAGACGGUUUGUAGUGGAAAAAGUUGUCUUAUUGGUGCGUUAUUUGUCUUGGUAGUUUUCUUGAUAAAUGUAGAAAAACCAAUGUGUUUUUGUUGUAAUUCAAUAAAAAAUAAUCGUAUAAUCAUUAUAUAUUAGCAUUUUUGUGGUCUAAUGUUCAAAUCAUUAUGUCCGUAUUUGUGCUACUUAAAACCAUUUAAAAUUUUUGAGUUUUAUUUGAUUUUAUGUAGGUAUAAUUGUUUUGACCCGAAAAGAUUGCUCGACAAUUAUUGUUUUAUAAGCGUUUAAAAUUACAACAUUUUAUGAACGAAUUUUAUCUAACGUUAAUCGCGAAUAAACAGAUAAUAUAAUUAUAUAUUGUAAUUAUCGAUUAAAACAUUAAAACAUUAAAACAUUUUCGUAAAGUAUGGUACAGAUAAAAAAAAAAAAAAAAAUAGGUACACCUAUCUAAUGCUAAUUUAUAGUUAAUUACAUAUACCUGUUGGUAUUGAAAUCAUAAUAAAAUCGCUCUCACUAUCGACAAUUUAAUAUUAUGUCAAUAACAUAAUCGGCAAUGUCGCGUGUUAAAUAGCAAUGUUUCUAUCUCGUGGUUAUUAAAUUUAAUAUAAUAUAAUUAUAUUAUAUUACGAGUAUAUUUUACUUAAACGAAAGAAAAAUGUUUUAUUAUUAUCAAAAAUAACAAUUUAUUAAAAUAUUUAUACACGAUUAAAAAAUCACAAUAUUACAGUUAUACAGUUCUUAUUAAUCGUAUAAAUAAAAUAGUUGUCUACCGACACAUUUAUAAUAUUAUAUCGAUUUUAAAAUGAUGGUUUUUUGUUUUUUUUUUCGCACAAACAAAAAUUAUACUUUUAAAUUUCAGCAACAUUAAGCAAUAAACAUAAUAAUUUAUGAGACACUCUGAAUAAUAAUAGUAAAAAACGAGCGUAUACAACGUAAUGAAUUGAUCACAUAAUAGUAACCUGCAGCGUAUUAUUUUAAACGUUAUAAUUCGAAAUUAGGUAAAACAAUACAGGGUGAUUUUUUUAUUAUGAAUCAGCAUUAUUACCAGCUAUUUUAUUCAUACUAUACAUUAAUGCAUUAUGUAAUUUAAAAAUUGAUGGCAAAAUUAUGACCUACGCAGAUGAUACCUGUCUGUUAUUUUCCGAAAAAUCUUGGGGACGGGUAUACCUCAAAGCAACGAAAGGUCUAAAUUUAACAUGCAAAUUUAUAAGUGAACUGGGUUUAACUAUGAAUUCUGAUAAAACAACGUACAUUAAGUUAUCUAUAAAUAAAAUUACUAAUGAUGAACUCCCUUUAAUAAUUCAUAGUUGCAGAAUUGUAAACUAAUUAAUUAAAUAUCAAAAAUUCGUUAUAUUAGUGUAAUUAUCGAUUAUAAUCUGAGAUGGAACUUUCAUAUUUAAAAUUUAGUAAGGAAAUUUCAUUAUUUACUAUAUUGAUUCGUUUCUAUCUCGAUUUGAAACUGUUAUAAUUCAUAAAUGGUAAAUUUAAUAUUAGUGUUAUGCCUAUCAAAAUUUUUAGAAAAAUAUUCUCUAUUCAAAUUUGUGUUCAAAAGGCCCUCUCCUUAAUAAGACAUCACGGUCUUAUUUGAAAAUCACAAGUAUGCCCUUAUUUAAAGUAUAUGGAGUAGGGAUAAAAAUUAAAAAUGGUUUAAAAUAAAACUUAAACGAUUCCAUAAUGAUUAGAAAAAACAGAAAUCAAAUUCACUAAAAAUCUUCUGUAAUAAUUGCUGAUUCAUGAUAAAAAAAAAAUCACCCUGUAUAUUGUUCCAUUAUUAACUGCCUAUAUAAAUAAUUUUUAAAAUUUAAAAUACGCGUGGUGAAUUGAUAAUAAUGACAUAAAAUAAUUUAGAAGGUAUUAUUUGUUUUCUUAUUUUUUAAUAAAGUAAUAUUAUAUUAUAACUGUAAUAUUCUAUAUGCUGUUAAAUAUUUCGUUUGUUUCUGAUAAUAGAUAAGUACUCAUAAAGAUUAUUAGGUUGCAAAAUACACUUAUCAUAUAGUACGAUGUAAAUAAUUACGAAGAUAGUUGAUUCAGUCUCGGAUUAAGAGUUUAGUCUCGGUGUUUAAUGGGUUGUUAAGAAAAAAAAAAAUGAAGAAUUAUCUUCAUUAGAAUGGUUAAAUUAUAAUAAUAUACGUAUAAAAUUAGCUAAAGAAUAAUAAUUAAUAAAUAAUAUAAACUGCGUCUUUUAUUUUGCAAUAUUGUUCAUGAUAAUUAUUAUUCUAUUAACCGCAGCACUGCACAGCUGAGGAUAUAAACAUAUAUCUACCCAAUUGUAAAACUAUACCUAUACAGAACUGAAUAUUCAAUAUACAAUUAUAUAAUAUCAAAAAAAUGUUCCAGUCUAUUUCGAAAUAUAAAACUAGGUACUCAUCUAGUAUCUAUUCUAAUAAUGUACAAGUAACUAGAGCAAAAUUAAGAAAAAAGAAUAUCGAUACAUCGGUAUCAGUAAAUAUUUAGACAAUAGUAGAAAUGACCAAUCUGAACCUUAAAAGUCAUACUAGCAAUUAAAGAAACUGAGUUUUUGGCUUUUCUUGACCCAAGAUCCAGUUGUAGUAUAAUAUAGGUAGGUGUAGGUGAAUAUAAAAUUCGAUUUUUGGAAUAUUAAAUAUGAAUUAUAUACGAUAUAUUUUUUGAUUUUUUUUAUAGAGUUUCAAAGAACUCGAUUUUUAGAUUUUGAGCGGAGCGAGCAAUGUAUUGGUUUUACAAUGAUUUUUAUUUUUUUUAUGUGAACAUUUUUUUCACCAGAAAGCUUAUUCCGAUUAUCAAGUAUAAUACUUUUUCUGAAAGAAAAUAUUCUCUGAGUGGUACUUUAGAGAGGUAAUUUUUUGAAAUUCUCAUUAAUAUUCGAAAUAAUGAGAAAAACCUGGUACUUUAGGUUAAAAAUAUUGAAAGAUUAAAAAUAAAGUUGUCAUUGGUAACCGUUUUUAUUUAUUUUUUUAUUAUUAUUAAGUUUUUACUAUUUUAAAAUAUUUUUUUAAACAAUCGUUGUUAUGGAAAUGCACAUUACUAUAGACCAAGCUAUAUUAAAAUAAAAUAAAUUUCUUUUUCAAUACAUUCUUUUAACUAUUAAUCUUUAUAUUAUAUUUCUUUAAUCUAAACUUAAGCAUGACUUUUAACUGAACUCUGCUCAGAAUUGUUAUUUCAUUAGUAAUAGUUAAUCGUUGCUUACAGGUAUACAUUAAAUUAAUUUCUGUAUCCUAUUUUUCCAACUCCCCUCUUACACAAUGGCUGCACAAUCGUAUGAAGUGUAUCCGUCUCUUUUUUUUAUUGUCAAUAUGCUUUUCAAAAUAAAAACCAAGAAGGUUUUUUUUCUUUUUGCCAGUAUAACACAUGGGAAAAAUAUAAAAUUAUAUAUUAGUAUAGGUAUAAACUGCCAACAACACAACGCACAGUAAAAACAAAACAAACAAAAUUGUAAAAAUAAGAAUGUAUAUAAGAUCUAGAGGUGAAUUCAAUAUUUCCCGUAUGGUUCACAAUAAAAAAAUAUUAUGGAUUAUUUUGUAUGCCUCGAGUAUAUUCGUGUUUUACUUUGAUACAUUUUUUAGGAUACGUGUUUUAAUAUAAAAAUAAUAACAUGUGUGACGAGCUGCAAGAGAAUAGAUGAUUCGGAUAGUAAUAAUAAAAAUGAUUAAUUAUUUUUGUUUACGUGUGUAUUAUAAAAUUCUAUAAUAAAAACUAAGAAAAUAAUAUAAUAUUAUGGUCUUAUAAUUAAACCGCUCGUGUUAAGGUAGACUCUUAUGACGGCGUGUGUUGUUAUAAAUGUAUAAUAUUUAAUAAUAGGUGAUAUUAUAAUUUAUAAGUGACAUUAACUUUAUAAUAUACCCCCUAAAAGUAUUAUUAAUAUAAGAAUGCGAAAAUAUAUUAUUAGUUUUUAUUUCCUUCUAAUUCGUCAUGUAUAAUUCUGCAUUCUUAAAAACUUUUUUUUAUCAAACUCUUGUCUAUACAUAGGUAUUUUAUACUUCAUAAAGAGACACAAUAUUAAAAUAUUAUCAGUUUCAAUUAGUGGUGUAACAUCUAGAACUUUCGUUAAGAAUAGUUGUAUAGUAAAAAUGUUAAUUACGAUUCGUGAAUAAAUUGUUUGAAUGUUAUCCUGUUAUAACCGUUAACCAACGAGAAUUUAUAAAAGCCGAAUUAAAAAGUCAAUUUUUAUUCAAUAAACCAUCAAGCUUUUCCCCGUGUAAUUUAGCUAAAAUAUAAUAUAAUAGCAAAAUGAAAUUACUAUCUUAAACAAAUACUCAUAUAGUCGAUGUAUUUUUAAGCCAGUUGGGGAGGCGGAGGCAUAACCCCUAAUCUCUUCAUGCGUACGCUACUGAUUUCGACAACACACCCGCAGUUAGCACGAUGAUAGUAAUAAAUUCAUGAUGGGACACUUCCGAACAGUUUAUACUAUCGGCAUGUAGUUUUGGACAGUUUAAAUGUACUACGAAUAUUUUUUGUCUACGAUCGAUUACAUUUAUUCGGAUGUUUCGAAAAACUAUUAGAAUAUUAGUUUUCAAUAUAUGGUUUAGAUCGAAUGCGUUAACCAUAUCGGGUAGUUCGAUAGUAACUAUAUAUAAUAUUCGGUUGCGCCCGUCACUAUAAUAAUGGAUACUUAUACAUUAUAAUUUUCUCAAUUUAUUAAUAUUAUUUUUUUAAUUGAUUAACAUAAUAAUAAUAAUCAUCAUAUCACGCGCAUUACGUUUAUUUGUUUUUUUAGAUUAUUGUUCGAGAUGUGUGCGAUGCAUUCUCUCGGGUUUUUGUAUUAACGGUAUUUUAGUGUACAGCACCAUUACAAUACGAGCAACAGAUACAGUGUGUGCGGCGGUUUACCAUCAGUCAUGUGGUCAUCGGCGUGAAGAACUGUCGUGUCGUAUUUUCUCUCCCCGGUUAUUAUUAUUAUUACAUUAUCUUUACGUAUUUUAUCGCUUGAGGCAUUUAUUAUUAUUAAUUUUUUUUUUUUAUAUAUAUUUCGUUACGAAUUUAUAACUUAAUCUUUUUACAUUAAUAUUAUUUUUAUUAGGUAUAUGUAUGUAUGUAUACAUCGUUCAAGUAUACGCCCACCGUAAUAUUAAAGAUAAGUCAGAUACGCCUACGCGGUGAAAAUUUUACAACAAAGAUGGAUAACGAAAACGGAAGGAUUCCUUCAGACUCUCACGAGUACCAUCAUACUCUGGUAAGUCACUAUAAUAUAUUUUAUUAUGUACCAAGUCAUAUAAUAUUAUUAAAAUACGUACAGAGUUCAUAUUUCGGAUUUUUUCUCUCCUAUACACUUUCAAAUUAGGACCGUGUACCCGUACUUAAAAAAUAUACCUAAGAGAUAUUAUUUAAUUUGCCCGUAUGCUGUAUUGCACACAAACUGCACCUUAUAUGUACUUACAUCAUAUUAGGGGAGACUGGUAAGAUGUAUAUUAAAUUAUUAUUUGACAUAUUAUAUUAUGAAUCGUUAAAUUCGGAGAUGACACAUGUUUAAAUUUGAAAAAAUUUCAAGAAAGUCAAAACACUCCGUAAAACCCAGAGUUUUAGAAUAUUUCACACAAUUAUAUUAAACACUUGUAGGAUAGAUGAUAUCUAAUAAUAUACAUUAUAGUUAUUAACGUGAAAUUCGUUUUUAUUUUUGUUUCUUCAGAAAUAGGUAUUUAGUAUAAUUUUGUCUUUCUUGAAUAUUUUUAAAAUUUGAACAUAACUUGUCCUAUUUGCAUUUAGCGAUUUGUGUAUUGAAUUUUAUUUGUACAACGCGGGCGAUUAUACUUCUAUACAUCAUUAGGUUCGCAUAUUAUAAAUGUACAAAGAACGGAACAUAAUAACUGUAGAAAAUUGUAAUAUAAUGUAUAGAAGAUAAAUAAUAAUUUAUGUAUCGGUAGUUCGGUACUAUAAGUAGGUAUACCGAAAUGUGUAUAAUAUAAUAUGUUUAUAGUGCAUAUUUUAUAGUAUUAAAGUAAUAAUUACACAAGUUCAUUAAUCACUAUAAAUGAUACACAGAUAAUUUAUUAAAAACGAUACAUUUUCUGUAUGCAUAGAAAAUUUAUCCGCAGAAUAUAUUUUUAUUUUACAUAAAUUCAUUUUUUAUUUAUUUAUGAAUUUCGGCACCUAACUAAAUAAUAAAUACCUACAUUGUUACGUGCGCCAGUCACAAAUAAAUUUAAUUAUUUUUUCUGUCUAUACUAAAUCGUUGGUCUCAGUGAAGAAGGGCUUAAGUCAAUUAUGAAUAGUUUCCAAUACAAUCAAAUUAAAUUUUGAAACGCAUAUACCAUUAAAGGUACACUAAAUACACUAAUUUUGGAAAUAUAGGUACAUACACUUAUUUUAUUUAAAAUGAAAAAAUAAAAAGACAAAAGUUACAAAAUAAAAUAUUAUCUGCAUAAAAAAAAAUAUAUAUACCAAAAAUUGGCUUAAGUUCUUCUUUGUCCCAGGAUCAAAGAAAUAAUACAUUAUAUAGGUAUAUCAAAUAACCUUUUUCCCUUCAUUAAUAAAUUGUCAGUAAUUAUAACCGGCUCUCAUCGCGUAUAUACUAAAAAUAGGUAAUAAGACAUACAAUGAAAUACGAUUUACAAUGAAAUAGUCUCAAGCCAAAAUAAUAUCACCACGGGCCAAACUGCACGGAUUUUUUAAUACGCGAAUGUAUACAAUACUAUUGCAGUAUUCUGCGUAGUUAUAUUAUAAUAAUAAAGUUUAAAAAACGCUGCGCCUGCAAACUCGACUGAUAUGUUGUUUUCCUUUUUUAAUACUUCCAUAACGAUUUUUUUUCUUUUUUGUAAAAUAUCUACGCGUCUUUAAAUAUGAUGUAAUUAAUGCAUUUGGGUAAAAUUAUUUGUGAUCCACCGGAAAACUUUUUCACGGCAAGUAUUUGAAGUGUUUAAUAUAUCUAUAUCAUCUUCACGUAUUAAUUUUUCCGUGGAAACUGUAGCGUACAUAUUAUGUAGUUUUUAUUUAAUAAUAUAAAAACUAAAAAUUAAUACUUGUAAAUGAGUUAACACGUUUUUUAUUUUAUACAUAAUAUUACUUAUAUAUUGUACAAGUAAGUAAGUAUUUUUUGAAUUAAUAUUUUUAAAGUACAAUUCAAUUAUUGUUUGUAUCGAUUGUGGAAAGGUCAUCUGACGUAACCCUUUUAUCCAUUGGAAAUGAUGUUUUAAUCUUUUAUGAUAAAAAAAAUAUCGAAAACACAAUUUAAUUUCAAUUAAUAUGACUCAAUAAAUAAUUUUUUCCCACAAAAAAUUUUACUUUUUUUCAUAAAAGAUCAGUCGUUAUCGUAACCCUCAUCCAAAAAAAUGUUCAAAUUAUAUUAAGCCUGGUAAAAUACUGUAAUCUUCAAUUUCCUUCAUUUCUGUAGCGGCCAUUGUUUCUUGUCAUAACUUCUAUAAUUUUUUCAAUGGAUAAUUUUAUGUCCGGUUUUGUCAUCAUUUUAGGUUCAGUCGAUUUAAUUAUUAUAUUUUUCAGAUAUAUUUUCAAGUGUUCGAAGUGGUGUGUUUUAACACCUAAAACAUUUCCCUUAGGCCAGUGGCGGCGUGAACUUUUUUAUUUCAUGAGGCAAACAUAGAUGUUGGAGGCUGACUACCACCACCUAAGUGUUAAUAUUAAUUAUUAGAGAGAUUCGUGAGGACAAAGCCCCCACAGACCACCCGUCCCCUCUUCCUUAAUUUACCGUUACACAACUAUAUGCUUUAAGUCAUGAUGAUGAUAUAUAUUUUAUAUUUAUUAAAAAUUAAUAAAAUUGAAUUUUGCAUAUGUUUAUUUUAAUAAUAAAUUAUAUAUUGUAUUAUUUUGCUAUCGGCCAAUACGAGAGAACACUGGACUAUAAUGACCAAAAUAUCAAGCAAUGUAGAACAUGUGACAUUUAAUCGACAGAGUUUAUAACUCUGUGGAUUUUUUUUUUUAAUUUAUUUAUGCAAUUAACAAAUAAUUUAUUUUAUUUUAUUUUUUUCAUAAAAAAUAUGGUUUAUUGAAAUAUUUGCUGGUUACCAUUAACAAUGGAAAUUAAUACAUAAAAUUCAAAGUAAAUUAGCGAAAUAUAAUUAACUUAACAUUAAUAUAUAUACAUACUUUAUAUUAAUAACAAUAAACCUUUAUUUAAAUAAUAAAAUAUUAAGUAUCGAGUAUCAGUUAGCAAUUUUUUUUUUUUUAUUCAUUUAAUUCAUUUUUUUUAGCCGGGGGGUACCACCACCCAAUUGAUCAUGAGGUCAUUGUCUCAUGAAAUACCCUGUCACGCCGCUACUGCCCUUGGCUAUACGCCUGCCUUAAAUAGUUUUGAUGGCUAUGGCUAUUUUUAUACUAUACCGAAUAUUAUUGCUGUGUGACAAUUUUUUUUCUGGUAGACAGGUAGACUAAUAAUUAUUUUGCACAAGUUUAUUCUAAAUUGAAUUUUUUUUUUCUUUUGUUAAGAUUGAUAUUUAGAAAAUAUUUACCGGUCAUAUGGAUUAGUUAUUUUUAAUUUAUAAAAAUACAAUCAUGGUACAGUUUUUAUAAUUUUUUUUUUGGAAUAGGUACACAAAUUUGAAAUUAAAAUCGAAUUUUGAGAUUUAUACAAUAAAAACACAAUGUAUAGUGUAUUUACGUGUAGUUCAUUUAUAAUAGUUCAUCUGAUCAGUAAUAAUAUUAUAUAUUUUUUUUCCAGUUCUAGAAUUGGGGGAAAAAUGAGGAGAAAAGCUUGAUUUAGUUUAGAAACCUUCGUUUCAUAUAUAGGUACAUGUAGAUAAAUGUCACAGUGUCACAGUAACCCGAGGGGAAUUUCGCAUACACCCUACACAAGAAGGAGAAAAUUAAGUAAUUAAUUUCACAAUGAAAACAUGUAUUAUACACCUGGGUAAUUUUCGUUUUCGUCAAAAAAGUUUUGAAACCGAUAGUUUUUAUUUUUAUUGGUAAAAUGUAUAACAUUUAGUUUAACCUAUUGUGUAAUGUGAUCUAUUGUUACAAUUAAAUAUCGUUUAAUCGAUAAUUUAAUGAUAAUAAUAUAGUAAAAAUUGCGAAAUGCAAACAAAUAUUAGAGAUUAAAAGAGAUUAAAAACUCUGCAGAAGAAGCAAUUAUAAAAAAAAUCUAAUGAAAUUAGUAGAUACACUUUUGUUAAAACGGUUUCAUUUAACUAUAUGAUUUUUUAAACUUUUAUUACGAUAUUAAUUAUAAUUAUUGACUGUAACGACUUAUAUUAUUAUUGCUAUACUUAACGAUUUAUUAUUAUUAUCACUUGUAUUAGGUUUAUUUUACUAUAACUUUUUUAAAUAUUCAAAUAUAAUGGAUAUUAUGUGAUUUUAACAAAACUAAUUUAAUUGUUUUAUUAUUGACUUAAUUACUGUAAUACAUUUUAUUAUUAGUAAUAUAUGGUAUAUGAUAGUCCCCAAACAAUUUGGCGGAAACGCUUCUUUACAAAAUAUAUUGGGUUGGAAACGGGAUAAAAGUACCAUUUUUGUUUUUGGUGGAAAAGGGUUAUGCCCAUUACCCGUACACCUUGCUAUUAACAACAAUAUUAACAAUGUUACUAAAUUUACUUUGUUAAACAAAAAAAAAACUCUUAGUAUUGAUAAGAAAAAUAAGGUUUUGGGUCUGGGAAAGUCGAUCGAAAAAUAGGAAAAUUGACUGUAUAUAAUGACCGAUUCGUAACUGUAAGAGCAUAUGAAUAUUAGUUGUACGAAAUGUUUUUUGAUGUUUUGAUAUUUUUUUCAUAGAUAUAAAGGCUAGAGAUCAUUAACCGAUUUUUAAUUUUGAAUAAAAAAUAAACAUUUGUGUUUUAUAAAUAUAAACAGAUGCUUCGACUAAAACCGUUAUUAGCGUUCUUGAGUUAAUCAAAUGAAGUGGUACGUUAAAAUGAAUGAAAAAAUUAUUGUGAACUCUGUCCACUGGAACCCCCUCCCCUAAUUCGAGCUCUGAUUUUAUAAUAUAAUUAUUGCCGAUACUUGAUAAAUUUAAAAUAGUAAAAGUCACCGUAUACGAUUCAUGAUAAUGUGUGUUUAUAACCUGCAAGGUUGUGAAGUAUUUCAAAUACUUUAGUAACCUAAAUACUUGUUUAAAACGUUUUAAAAAAGUCCUUUUGUUAAUGUAUACAUAUAUGUUUAAAAUGAUCAAAAAUAAAAUAACUGAUAUGUUCAGAAGAAUGGAGAUAUUUAUGCAUAGUUACUAUUCAUUUUUAAAAUAUAAAUCAAAAUUCAUAUUAUAAGAUACUUUUUAUAAUGCAAUUUUAUUUAUAAUUAAUCAUUAUUAUAAUAUAUCUAUAAAAAAUAAUGUUUAAAAAAAACAAAAUACUGUUUUUUUUUUUUUUAAUAUGUACAUCUCACCCUGUAUAUAACAUUAAAUUCGGUUUAUAAACUUGUAGGAAUGAUGAUAUUAUUACUGCAGUAGUUUUACGAGUAGCACAAUACGCGUGCAAAUUUGAUGGUUUGUUUAUACUUACUUAAUCAAUUAUCUUUGGCCUGUCGUCGUAGUGGUUAAUGUUAAUGUUGUUUGACUAGAUUAUUGGUAUUAUUAUAUCAUCAGAAUAGUAUAUAGUAGAAGUAGUAUAUAGCAUAAUCUUAGUGGAAAAAAACUGGUGGUUUUUCAGAAAAUGUACAGAUUACUGAUAAUUAUUUAUAAUACGUGUAUGAUUUCUAUUAGAAUGUGAAAAAUAUAUUUUAUUCUUAGAAAAAUGAAAAACAUGAAAUCUAUACAUAUAUGCAUAUAGGUUACAAUUACAAUAUUUUAGUAUCAUAUAAGAUGUAACCGUACCAUACAUUGUUCCAUAUUUCCUAUGACAUCUUAAAAACAUAUUUUUAUAAUAUGGGAGAAAUAUAUGUGUUCGCUAUAUGAUUUCUUACAAUAUUUCCAAGAACACAUAAAACACAUAUGACUACACUAUUUAUAUGUUUUGAAUGCUGUGUAGUGUGUGGGUAGGUACAUAUAGAGUUGUUUAAAAUUAAAAUCGGUUAUACAUAGUGAUAUUGAAAAAUCAAAAAAGUGUCUCAAAAAAAAAUAAAUAAAUAAAUAAAUAAAAUAAAAUGAUCGUCAUUUAAUUGUUCGUUAAUUUGUAUACGUGUAUACAUUACAUAGGCAUAAUUCGAAUAAAAAUAGUUUUAAAUUCGUUAUACCAGAUAGAUAUAAUUAAUAAACAUAUAUAGGCACCUGCCUCUUUAUGUGUAUAAUUAACAGAGAAAAAGAAUUAAUUCGAUGUUUUUUUCGUUUUUGUAUAACUCGAACAAAGCAACAGAUUCGGUGAAUCGUAACUGAACAUACAUACUAUAUAUUAUAAUGUUAAAAUUAAAAUGCAUAUUUAAUUUUCAUUACUAGGCACCUGUAUUUGUAUAUUUAUUUAUUAAAUCAUGUUCCCAUAACAUAGCAGAUAACAUCACAGCGAUGAUGUUCACGUCAAUUAAAUGUGUUCAAAAAGUUUAAGCCGUCGAAUUUGUAUAGAUACGAGAUCUCAGCUAUAUAGUGUAAUAAAUAACUGUUAAUAAUUUUAGAGUUUUUUUCAGACAGACAAUAUUAUAAUAUCAAUUUUGAUUAUUUUCUUUAAUUUCUAUUACUAUUAAUACAUUUCUUUAUCAAUGUUAUUAUUUCUUGUUUUAGUUGCGAUUAAUUUCUACAUCUGUCGACUGCAACUAUAACGUCAUUCUAUAGUAGACUCAGCUAUGCUAGAGUUUUACAGUAGAUUUCCUAUGUUUUACUAUACUAAUAAAUAAAAAACAUACAUACACAACCAGGCAUACAUUUUUUUUCUGAAAUAGUUAUCUAAAACAGUUACUGUUCAGCACGUCUCAAGCUGUGGUUACAACGUACAUUCUUUAUCAAAAAUUAUAUUAUACAAUAUUGCAAAAGGGUACAUUUUACAUUAAUUUUACCCAGAAUUACUCUAUGAUGUUUUAUACUUCAUAAAUAUUUAAGAGGUUGAUUACAUUUUUUUUUGUGUAGAAACGGCUAUUUAUAAAACAAUUUUAUAUACAGCUUUUAGAUGGUCUUGACAAUUCAAAUGCUCGUGAAUAGUUACUGUCACCCGAUAGUUGGUGGCAAAUGCCAGUUGUCUAUGUGAGCGCGCUCUUAUUUAGUACAGGAUCGCUGGCAAUUGAAAUUUGUCGGUGUAAUAAGACUCUAAAACCAUUAGGUGUUUAUCUACCGAUAAUGUUGUAAAAUUAGAAAUACAAACGGAGCUUUAAUAAAAAUAUUAUAAUUCUUAAUAAUUCCACUUAGGUACGAGUAUGCAGUAUCGUUUAUCGAAUUUGUUUGUUAUCGUGUUUGAAAUUAAAACAAUUGGCACUUGUAUUAUACCAAAAUACUCGUAUCCAUACAAUAUUAUUGACCUAUCUAUACAUAAAACAGUGACGUAUUAAAUGUAUAAUGAAUAUUUGUUUUUAUGGUUUAAAAUUAAUAAUAUUAAUACGUUAUAAUAAUGAGCAGUUAAUGGUUUGACCAUUUGAUCCCAUUGAUAAAUGUGCGUAAAAAUUCAACAAAUUCAUGUUUGUUUAUAUGAUUGCUGUACAAUAAUUUUUAUAAUUUUUUUAAUGAUAAAACAAGAACUUUUGAUUCUAAAUGUAGAGAAAAAGGUAUUCAUUUUACUAAGUACCUAUGUGUUUUUUUCCACAAAAAUCAUUUGUUCAUGUUUAAUUUAAAAUAUGCAAAAUAUCUGCUUAGUGGUACUUUAUUUGAAACAUUAAUCGAACAUUUUAACGGUUUUACAGUUUCAUCCCUUUUUUUAUCAGAAAAAACCUUUUCUGUGAUUAAGAUUCCAAAUUAUUCGCAUUGUAUUUUAAGAGGUUAAAUAUGCGUAUUUUUUGACCGAUAGUGCUUUAUUCGAAUAGAAUGUCUUAAUUCCCAACAGUUUUUCAAAUGUAUUGAUAUAAUUAGUCACUUAGCAAUAAAAAAAAGAUGAAUAUACCUACUUCGCACGUUGGGUGGACCAUUGUCGUAGAUGAGAAGUUUUUGAGAAAAAUUUGGGAAGGUAAGAUACAGAGAAGAAUUUAACGUUCAUCUGUAUGCAUCGAUUAAUAAUUGCUAACGAAAAACGAUUCUAAAGGUAAUUCUGUUAUACAUGUUUUAUAAGGCCAUAAUAUUUACGAUUUUCGUAAAAAUUUGAUAUUUAAAUUCUUAUUAAAAAAAUAAAUAAAUAAAUACUACGUUAAAUUCAAUUUUUUCUUAUUGACCACCAAGUACAAUUUAUAAUGAACCUCCCGUUAAAUUUUCAUGCACUCAUGUUAAGUCUUAACAAUUUUAUCCACCAAUAACACUACCACAUAAAAAUUACGUACAAAACUCUUAAAAUUUAUAUGUCUAUAAAUGGCUCAAAAAUGGCUCAAAUUUAGGUUUUCUGUCCAAAUUUCAAGUCUCUAUGAAUAUUUUGAAAUGAAUUACAAAAAUAAAGUUUUUUCUCGGGUUUUUUCAAUUAAUUUGAAAACUGCUUGGAAAAUCAAAAUCUAUAUACUAAACGACCAAUAAGAUAAAACGCUUUUUCAGCUACACUACUUGAUACAUCGAAGUAAGAUUUCUAGUAGAAUUUUUUUACACAGUAUAGAAAAAAUAAAAAAAAACAUCAUUGUAAAACCAAUAUAUUCCUCGCUCCACUCAGAAUCUAAAAUAACUGAUACUGAUGACGUGUGUGCCAUUUUUGUAGGUGAUAAGUUGGGAAGUUUAUAAGAUACAUAAACUAAUUUAACUUAUAACUAUAAAAAGGGUAAAACCAUUGAAAACAAAAUUCGAUUUUGAAGUAAAUUCGGAUUAUGCAUGUUUUUAAAUGCUAUAAUUUUUACAGUUUUCAUCAAAAUUUGAUCUUAAAACUCAUAUGAAAAAAAAACUAGUUAGAAAAACAGAACAAGACUCUUACUAAUAAACUAGAUCUUAAACAAAAAAGGUCUUUUGUUAUUUUUCGAUUGGAACAAGAUUUCUUGUAAUUAGAAAGUAUAAAUCGUAAAAUUUAAAUUAAUAAAAUUGUAUGCCGUAAAUUUAUUUGGUUUCAUUUUACGUAUAUUUGCCAAUUAUUAUGAAAACCAUUUAGAAAAUCAAAAAAUAACAUCUCUAAUGAACCGACUAGAUCCAAAAUGCAACAAAAAAGUCUCUUAUGAUUUGAUUGGAGCAGGAUUUCUGGUAGAAAAGUUAUCAAAGAUAAAAAAAAUGAAUCAUUAUAAAACCAAUAGAUCCCUUGUUACACUCAGAAACUAAAACAAAAAAUGUUGAGACAUCGGUUUAAUUUUUGUUGAUUUCUGUGAUACCUUGGCCACGAGGAAACAAGACUCAUUAUACUUAUUUUCUUUUCAGAUUUGUCUUAUCGUUGUAUACAUUAUUAUUUAAAUACUAUAAACUAAAUUAUCUUGUAUAUUCUACCUUUUAAACUACCCACUAAUAAAAGUGAACAGUAUCAAUUUUUUUUAAUAUUAAGUACAUAUAGGUAGUAUACUAAAUUUUAUUAAUUAGUAUGUUGUAUAAAAAUUUAAAUUGAUGUUUAUUUGACUAAGAUAAUUUUGUUGGUUUUAAUACCUACUAAAUAAGUAUGUAUUUCAAAUAGAAUCGCAUACAAGUUUUAUUUAAAAAAAACGUAAUGUAAUAAAAUACUUCAGCUUUUUUAUCUUGUAUAUUUGUAUACAAUAUACUUCCUUGAUGUUUAUAUCGAAUUUCUAAGCAUUUCUACAUGCUAAUGUAAUUUUGGACAGCACGCAAAUGGCUCGCAUGGUUAGAGGAUGAUUUAUAUGUAGAACAAAAAAUAUAAAAUCGUUUAAAAUCACGACGUAGCGUAGUAUUUGUAAACAUUACUAUAAGUCAUAAAGGUACAGAAUGAUUUUUUUUAUCGCGAACCGGCUAUUAUGUUUAUUAUGUAUAUUUUGAGCAAGUUCAUUUUAUUUUUGUUUUUAUCAAUCAUUAUAAAAUAUAGAAAAUCUUUUAAUUGUCUUUUUUUAAAUAUUUUCAAAAUGUUACUUUUAUUCCGUAUAGGUACUAUAAAUACUAAUAUAAUAAUGUAAUACAUUAUAUUUAUCAUAAUUUAUUAUGAAUUUAUGAUGUAAAUUCUUUUAUAUUUCUAAAGAUUUAAGAUAUAUUCUUGAUAAACAUAAACUUAGAUUUGUUUAUAUUUCCUUAGUCAAUUGUCAGUUGCAUUUGGUAUUGAGAUAUGGGGGAGGAGGGGUGCCUAUGAUAUCUAUUUGAACAAAUUAAAAUUGACUAUAAAUAAAAUUAUUAAAUUUAUCUUAAAAGUUCCUAUUUUUACUUGUACUCAAUUUAUUUAUAACGAGUUAAAUGUCUUAAACUUUGAUAAGCUUCUCAACAAAUGUACUAUUAAGUUUUAAGCAUAACAUUUAUUUAUUAUCUUGUAAUCAUAAUUUUAAUACCAGAUAUAGGAAUAAUAUAAAUACGAUUAUUCCUAAUUGUAAAAAACAAUUUGGAGAUAAAAGUUGCUUAAAUCGAACAAUUUCACUUUGUAGGCAAAUGGAAAUAAAUAUUAGUCAGUUCACUGACUAUAAGCAUUUUAAAUAUUCUAAAAUGAAGAAGAUAAAUUUAGGGUUAUUUUACCGAAUUGUAAUGUAAUAUUAUUUUUGUAUUAAUUAUGUCUUUAUAGAUAUUGUUUAUGUAUCUAUUUUAUGAACUCAACACCUUCAACUUAAACAUUUGCUUAAAGAAAGUGUGCAAACAAUUUUAAUUAAUGUUAUAUAAUUAAAGUAUGUAACUGUAUGAUUGUAAAUAUAUGUAAAUAUAUAAAUACCAACUAUUGAUUUUCAAAUAGUUACUCAUAUUUUUAAACUCAGGAUCGAAAUGAGAUUACUUUUCUAAAAUUUCUUAAUACAAUGUUAUCCAUAACAUGAAUUUCUGAUGUACCUUUUAUGAGGUAUUUUUUAGAGUUUAAAAUGUACACUGGAAUAAUGGAGGAGAUGAGAAUACCUUUACGUUCAUUUCCAUGUUUUGGCAAUCCUAAUAUCAGUCUUAACAAAGUUAAGUUCUGUUAUGCAUAUUUUAAAAUGGAUUACGCUCAAUUGUAUUUUAUUUUAUUUUUGAUCGGUAAGUAUUUAAAGCAUUUCUGUUCAGUCGAAACAAUUUUAUCCACGUAAAACUAAUAUAGCUCAAAAAUGUCAAAAGCCUAUAAAUAACUCAAAAAUUGCAGGAAUGAUUUGAACAUUUUAUCUCGUUUAGAAAAGGCCAAUAAAUGUAAUGCUUGAAUAUGGCAGCUCUCUAUAGUUAUUUUCAAACUUAUUACAACUUUUUUCCAUAAACUUUUCUGGUAUUUCCCAAUUAUUAAGAAAAUUACAAAACCAAAAAUCCACUUUCUCAAUGUAUCAACGAAAUCCAAAAUUCUUAUAAAAAGCUCUCUUGUAAUUUUUUUAUUGGAGCAGAAUUUCUUGUGGAAAAGUUGUUUACUGGCAGAAAAAAAACCAAAGACAUACGUUAUUGUAGCUAAAACAUUCCUUGCUGUACUCAGAAUCUAAAACGUUUACCUAGAUAUUUUAUGUGUUUACUUUUCAGUUUUCAACUACAGGUAGCCAAGUACCCAUAAUUAAAUAUUUUUAAUAUUAACUAUAAUGUAUAUCGUGUAUAUAUUCUUUAUAGUAUUUGUUGUUGAAUUAUUGUAGCUUUGGCGAAGUUACAUAAAAUAAAACUUGCGAUAAAUAAAUUGAAUAUCUACUAAAAAGUGUGUAUAGGUACCUAAACAGUUUAAAUAUUUCAAUAUAAUAAGCUACUAAGCAUAUCUAUACUGUAAUAUAAUAAAUUAGGUAAUAGGAUAGAUAGCUAGGCAUACUUAUACACUUUACCUACAUUAAUUGUAUGGCUUAUACAAUUAAGAAAUUCUAAAUAUUCCAUUAUUAUUUUAUUAAAUCUACCUAAUACGAAUAUAUGAUCUUUUCACGUAGGUAAUAUAAUACUGCAGACGCACAAAAUUAAUAUUAGAAAUAUCCAUUUACUCUUUUUUCAGUACAAAUUGAUUUAUAAAAAUAGUAUAACAUUGUUAAUUUAGUUGAUAUCUUAUUAUCAUUAUUUAGACCUUUAUGUUUUUUUUGCAAUAGUUCAAAACAGACAAAAAUAUAAUAAAAUACUAUACUAUAAUACGAGUAUUAUAUCGUCCAGCCGUCUAAGCAAUACAAUACAAUUGAACUGGAUACAUUUGUGUGGUUGUGUGAUAAAUUAUAAAUAAUUAACAGUGUGUGUUUGCAAUACAUAAAAUUGAGUUUAAUAUAAUGUUGUCUAGUACUUAUAUUGAAAUGUGUCAUCAGACCAAAAUUUUGUUAUAACUAAACAAUAAUGGUAAUCUUGAUAGUUUAUAUAUACAAAUGUUGAUAAAUUUAAAAUUAAAUUAAUUGUUUACAUAUUUUAAAUGCGUGUAGGUAAAGUUCAAAGUUUAGAAUAUUUUAAAGAAAAUAAAACAGUUCUCAAAAUAAAAAACUAACCAAUUAACUUGACUAUAGUUUAGUUUCAUUGUAUAAAUGCGACUUAAUUCAACACAUUUUGAUAAGCAUUGAUUUAAUAAGUUACCUGUUCAAAAAUAAACGAUUGAGUCUAUGUUUUUUCUUUUUGAAAUUUGAAUCUAUUAUGUAUUCUUGUUAUAAGGUAUACCUAUAAUUGCGUAAAUGUAUAAUAUAUAAAUAAUGGCCCUAAAAAUAAUUUUUGAUUGUUUUAACAUUUAUUAUGUCUGGUAAAAAAACUAACUUUCUUCUAACCAAGUUAUGUAGAUAUAUUUUUUUUAUUUAUAAUUCUCAACUUCACAAGUUGAAUUUUAUUUUUUGUUGAUUGUUAACUGAAGACUUUGAAAUAGAUAUUUUAAAUACCUAUACUUUUAUUUUUGUAAUUUGUGACAUUGUGACUGCGACAAGUUAGCAGAUUGGAUAUACCUAUACAAUACUGGAAAUCCGUGUUGAAAUAGUUCUUAUUGUUUUUAGUUUAUGAGGUUAUAAUAAUUAUUAAUUAAAAUGUAUAGUAGUUUAUAUAUUUUUGUUCUACUUAUUAAGCGUGUUAGCUGUACAUGCGGUUUACUAUAGUUAUAUGUAAAUUUUGCAACAUCCAAAAUUGAAAUUUGUUAAUAAUAUAGCUGAUUUCAUUAUUGUUAACCUUUUUUUUUUUUUACAAGAACUAAACAGCUUUAAGACUACCGUAGAAAUUUGUAUUAUUUAGACGUUAUAGAUAUUAUCAAACAGUCAAUAUUUGUAGUAUUAGGCGCCUAAUUAAUAUUUAUAAUAUAUUUAGUUUGACUGUUAAAUUAAACAAUACAUUAUAAAUUGUUUUAAUAAUAUUAGUAUAAGUAACCUUGUAAAAGUACCGUAACGUCCGUAAUUAUAUGUCGAAUAGGUAACAAGUAAAACGAUGCUUUCUUAGUUUAUUUGUAUGACAAUCGUACAAUUCAGUAGUUGAUUUCUAACUCAAAAAAAAAAAAAAAAAUUACUAGAACAAAAUAUGUAUAUUAUAAUAUUAAUUGCGACUGAAACCAGUUGGUUUUUCAAACAUCUUGUUACCUUUUAUUGUGUUUUUUGCGCUUGGCGAAUACGAUAUAUUUCUAUGAUUGACAACACGAGGUUGUAUAAAUACCUUACAUAAAACUAAUUGUAAGCAUCUGCUUAACUUAAAUCAAUAACGAUGAAAGUAUUUUUUUGACAACAUUUAUCAACUACCACUAUUGGUAAAUAGUCUAUAAAAACAUAUAAGAAAUAGUAUAUAGGAAGUAAUAGAUACAAAUGGAACAGGAAAGGUUCUCAAAAAUUCUGUUUUUUUUUUCUAGUAUUUUCUAGUAUUUUAAAUAUAUUUCAGUAUUAUUUUUCCUUUUUGUUUUCACUUCUGUUUUCACUACAUCUCAUGCUAAAAACGGGAUGAAUAGUGAUGAAAAAAGUGACAAAAUGGGAAAUUUUAUUUAAAUUCAACUUUUGAAAUUUUAUUAAGAAUAUUUUGUUUGAAUAAUUUAAUAAUUUUCAUCUAUAUUUAAUUUAUAGACUUUCUAAUGUUGUUGAAAUUAAAUUUAAACAUCAUUAAGUCGUUAUGUACAGAUAUAAAUUAGAUUGCUCUAAUAUACAUAUCCCUAAUGGCAAUAUUACUCUACCGGAGGAUUACCAACUAAUUAUUUAUGGUCGUCAAAAACGAGGGUCACCGCUUAUAAAAUAUAUAUUUAAGGAUCGCUAAAAAAUUUAAUACCUAUUUAUUUAGGAGGUUGUGACAGUAAAAAGGUUGAAAAACAUUGCCCUAUAGUAUAUACUUAUUCUACCUUUCCAACUUUCCACCCACAAGUAUUACACUUAUCAGCAGUAUUUUAUUUUUCAAUUAUGUUUUUAUUAUAUUAUUAUUUUGCUUUUAAAAAAUACUAUUCUGUUGAUCAUCAUAAAAUAUAUAGUGAACCUAUAAAUGUAUAAUCUACUCGUAUAUGGUUAAGAAACUCUUAAGCCGGGUUCACACUACACCGUGACGUGAAGUGUGGUGCUUUUAUAAUCACGUAUGUUCGUGCCGUGCGUUUUCCAAAAUAUACAAUACCAACGAUACCAAUGAUUGUUAUUAAUUAUAAGAAUAUUGUCCUUGAUAAUGAUAAUAUUAAUACAUUAAUGAAUUUUAAAUAAAAAAACAAAAUCUGCAUUUCAUAAAUAGAUUUAUUAUUAAUAUAUAAAACGUAUUAUUACAAUGUCAGCAGCAUUCAAAUAGAAAGGGUAUAAGAACAACAAUGAUUUACAUGAAUAUAAUACAAAAUUAUACCAAAGAAAAAUUUGCAUUAUAUGAUUAGUAACGAAUCUUGUAGACGAAUAUUUUGAUGCUAAAAAAAAUAGUAAUUAAUUAAUUUAAAAUAUUAAAAUAUUAAUAUAGAAUAUUUGAUUUAAUAAAAUAAAACAGUACAAUAUUAUCCACUCUCAUUCAUUUCCCGAACUCCAUAUAUUUUUUCAUAGCUAUUUCGAGCCAAUAAAAAAUUGUAUCUGAUUAUAAAAUUUUACCAUUUCUUUUUAGUUAUUGUUUUUCUGCAAAUAAAUGUAACCAUACGGUCAAAAGUUGGAUAUAUUCAACCUUGCGGUAUCGUUUGAUUAUUGUGGUAUCGUGUGAUAAAUUAACGAUGUACCACUUGGUAUAUUUGAACCACGUGAUUCAGUUAAUCAGAGAAAAUGAUUUUAUACAACACGACACGACAUGAUGUAGUGUGAACCCGCCUUUAAGUGUAAAAUACAACUGGUAUACGUGUAAGACUAACUUGAGUUAAACCGGAAUUUUUACCGCGUCAUUUGAUCGGAGAUUGAUACGAGUAGAUAUCGAUUAAUGCGGAAGAAAAAUAUUAUUGUAAUAUUUAUUAUAAUAUUUAUUGCCGAUGUAUGAGGAAAGUCUCAUACGUUGGAUAUUCGUUUUUAGUCAUACAAUUAAAACGUAUUAUGAAGAAUUUUAAAAUUAUAUAAUAAUUUAUUUUUUAAAUACGUGCUUUCAUGAAAUUAAUUUUGUUUAUUUUACGAAAAGACUAAUAAAUAAGGUUGACAAUUAAUUAAUUGUCUAAUUACUCCAACUCAAUCCACAGCUAUAACUUACGAAGAUAAAUGUGAGCUAUUUGCGGACACUCUAAGUAGUACAUUUAAUCCUAAUGACGUAAAACAUUGGCCAACCUGCAAAUUAGUGAAAAACAGUCAAUUACUGGAAGAUUUUAGGAUAUAAAAUAUGCUCUCUUAUAUUAACCCUAUGGAAAUUAAAAACAAUAUAAAAUCAUUGCCAAAUAGGAAGUCACUUGGGGUGUGGCACGAUGGUAUUUUUUAUAAGUUAAAACGUGCAAACAUCCCAAAAUAUAUUGAACACAUUUUAAAAUCUUUUCUUACUGACAGAUGCUUUGUUGUUAGAAUAAACGAGGCACAAUUAUCAUGUAGACCUAUUCAAACUGGAGUUCCUCAGGCGGUAUCUUGUUUAAUUUUUUUAUCCCUGACAUUCCUUAAUUCACGAAUACAAACAUCGCCCUAUUUGCAGAUGAUACUGCCAUCUACUGUGGAACUUCGGAUACUCAAACAAUUACAGCUGUUUUUCAAAAAUAUCGCCAAGAAAUUUUUCUUUGGUGCCAAAAAUGAAGAAUACUCAUCAACCUAUCAAAAAGCUAAGCAGUACUCUUUUCCUUACGAAGAUCACAGACUCCUCAACCAGUUAAAUUUGACAAUGUGCCAAUAUCAAGGAAAUCAUUGGUAAAGUGCCUAGACAUUAUCCUUGAUAAGAAACUCAAUUGGUGACAACAACUUUCGGCCAAAUUUCAGCAAGCAUACUAACGCUUAGUUAUUCUCUUCCUAAUAAUUAUUUGAAAAUCUACUAAAAGCAAAACAUGCUCUCUUAUGAUUUACAUGCAAGUUUUAAGACCUAUAUUGUUAUACGCUUGCUGUAUUUGGGAUAGUUGCGCUAAAAGUCAUUUAAAUAAAUUACAAAUAUAAACAAAAUAAUUCGUAUAGUAACAGAUGCUCCCUGAUUUGUACGCAACACAGCGCUGCACAAAGACUUGAAAACCCCCACAAUCGAUGAACACAUAAAGUUAAUAACAUAUUUUUUUUAUUCACUUGCUAAUUUAAACGGAGCCAUUCAUUACAACUUACACGUAAGCCCUUGAAAAACAUUCCGACUCAAGAGGUAGACUCCAUGACCGCAGAAAGCGAUAUCCACCAUCAGCUACUGCUUUGGACGAAUAAAACAUGUCCAGACUAAUCGUCUAAUUAUAACUUUAUUUUACUAUUGUAUCGUAAUUAUAUACAAAGUUGAAAACAAAAAUUCGUUUUUAGCAUUUCAGCGCACAAAAUGUAACAUUAUAUUAUUAUUUAACACAUUAAUUCCAAAAUCAAAAUUUCCGAAGGAUGCCGUAAAUUGUUCGCUAAACUGCAGAUCGUCGUACCCUCAUUUGCACGACUAACUAAAACAUCUUCUUAUAAUGCACAAACAUUGUGAAGUUUUGGUUGAAAUUUAAGUGUAUACGCAAAUUAAAAAUUAAAAGAGGGGAAUAUUUUCGAGUGCUGUGCGUAGUUUUUUUUUUUAUAAAGCUAUUUAUCUGUAGCUAUUUUGUAUAAACAUGUCUUAGAAACAAGCAACGUUCAGACCUCGGAAAUAUAUUCUUUAAAUUUUGUACUGGUGUUUAAACUCUUAUUUCAACCUAAAUGCCACAAUUUAUAUUCUGAAUAACGAGAUUUUGUUAACGUUGCCCGUCGCACGUCGGUUAGACUAAAACAGUAAACGUGGAUAUAGUUUAUAGUAAAAAAUCACUGGACUUUAUUAGACCACCAAUACCAUAAUAAUUAUAUUCAUUUGAAAAUUCUCGUUAUGCAUACGAAAGUAUGGUUAGUUAUAAUUUUUGGUUUGAUUAAUUCCAUUAAUGAUAAUAUUAUAUUGAUAAGAUAUAUAUUAUUAUUAUAGAUGUCAUUGGAGUAGGUUAGUACUAAUUUGUAAAAAAAUAUAUUUAUAUAAUAAUAAUAAAAAAAAAUGUAGAAGUUAUUAAUAAUUUUCUCUGUAUCGCAAUCGUUUAAUAAAACAAAUUAUACAACAUAACUAACCGACGUUGACGAGUGCCGGCCAAAAAGAAAAAUUACGCAAUUUUCCUGUUUACCAUUUUCAUAAUCGUGUAUUCGUGUUCGAAGUGAAUACAAUUUAUUGCAUAAUUAAGUAAGUAGUGUUCUAUGACACAGCAAAAUUCUACAUAAAACCAAACAAUUUGGCCUCUCUGAUUUGGCUACUUUUUUAAAAAAAAUUGUUUUAUUUUUCGUAUUUUUUUUAAAAUAAAAACAGAAAUUUAGUUAUAUGUUAGAUUCCGAGCGUAGCGAUGGAGCUAUUGGUUUUACUGAGAUGUUUUUUUUCUUAUAGUCUGUGAACUAUAACUAAACUUAAAUACCAUUCUUAUACUCCAUACACAAAUUCAUAUAGAAAUAAUGUUGAAAUACGAAUAUUAGUACAACAGUUGGAUGCAUAUCCAUAUCUUCACGAAACCUUUAUUUACAUCGAGGGGACAAUAACAGAACACUAAUUAAAAAACUAAAAAACUAAAAAUAGUAUCGAAGCUGGAAAAACCAAGAUACUUGAUAAUAGGUUUACGGAAAAAAGCUGAAGAUUAGAGUAAAUUUGAACAUUGUAAUUUAAAAAAUGUGAAAAUAUAUUUGAAUUCCAACAUGUACCUGUAUAACGAUUUGAAUUUAGAUUUUAGUAAAAAAACUAUUCAUUAUUAUACAAUAUGUACAUGGCAUUCUAAGGGUCUUAUUAUGAAAAAGAGGUGUGCAGUCCAAUAUUAAGUGCUACACAGUUUUUAGAAAAAGAUCCAACUAUUGUUAUCGAUACUUAAAAAAAAAAUUUCGAUUCAGCCACAGCUUCAGUCGAUGUCAGUUUACCUCGGUAAAUUUAAAAGGUGUAACAGUUUAAUGUAUUUUAAUUAAUGAUUGUGUUGUAAAAUAUAUAGUAUUAACUAGAGAAGUAAGAAAACAUGUAUAAUAGUAUUUAAGAAAAACCUAUAUAAAUAUCGUAUAAAAUAAAAUUGUAUUGUUUUGUAAAUAUUAACAAAAUAAAAUAUAAAAAUAUAACUAAAUAUCUGUUUUUAUUUAUAAAAAAAAAAUAUUUUAAAAAAUAACCAUAUCAGAGAGGCCAAAUUUUUCGGCGUUUUGCUGCGGCAUAAAACAUACAAAUUUAAACUACUUAAGCAUAUUAAUAUUAUAUAGGUUUAAUGUAAAUAGUAUAGAAUUAUAGUUAAUCAAAUAUAUAUCAUAUAAUAUGUGGUUUAAAUAAAACGAUACUUUUUAUAAUUAAUUUUUCCCACCGUGUUAUGCAAACUGUAAUGCGAUCUGUUUUAUAUUUUCUUUUAGAAAAUAAAAUAUGUUUUAUAAUUUACGAACGCAAGCUAAUUGCAUUUCACUUUGUUUUAAAAAUUGACUUCGUCGUAGGUGUUUUUAAUUAUUUACGAUCACAUUUAUAACUUGGCAUGCAGAUUUGUAAUUUUAAAUUUAAAAUCGAGGUGUUUGAGUUUUAUAAACUCGUUCUACAUAUUGUACUAAAAUGAAAAACUGGUUGAAUAAUUUUGAGUAAAUUUUUAAAACUUUCGGAACAAUAAAGUUUAAAUGUUGAUAUAAAAUAUGAACUAUUUAAUACAUUUUUUAUUCGUUUUAAGAGAACCAAAUACCAACAAUAUCCUUAUGUAUUAGUUUUACUAUAUUGUAAGAUUUUACCUUUUCUUUCUCUGAGCGCAGUGAGGGAUGUAUUUAUUUAACAAUAAUGUGUGUCACUAUUUCUGUUAUAGCAAAUUUUAAUUUAAUUGGUGUACUAAGAUCAUUUUUUGGAUUUUCUUUGUGUAGUUUGACUAUGACUUUUGGUAGAAUUUUAAUUCAAUUUUUCUGCGCAUGCUGAAAUAGCCGGCGCCAAAUAGACUUUGCACAUUAUUUUUUUUUUAAAUUAAUAAUCUAUAUAAAUAAAUAAAAUAAAAAGAAUUUGCUUGAAUAUUUUUCCAAAAAAGUUUCUAUUUUUAGAUUCUGAAUGGAGCGAAGAAGCUUGUGGUUUUAUUAAGAUGUUUAUUCUUUUUUCUGCAAACAAGUUUUCUACUAGAGAACUUGCUUCGAUUUUUACGUGUAGCACUUUUUCUGAAAGGGAAUCGGUGUGGAGAUGUACUUUAGGGAGGUCAUUUUUCGAUUUUCUCCAGAAUUUUCUCAGCAAAUGUGAAAACCAGGAAAAACAUGGGAUAACCGAAAAAAAACGUUGGAAAAACGGGAAUAUCGGUACAUUAAACAAAUAUUUUUAAUGAUAAUAUAUAAUGCCUAUUUAAUAACUAUACCAUAAUAUGACAUAUAUAUUGUUGACAAAGCAUCACUAUCAAUUGAACUCUGCUCAGAAUCAUUUUUCAUUAGCAAUAAUUAAUCGGUGUUAACAGAUAUACAUUAAAUUACCGUAUGACAAUGGUUGUACCCGUCCCCAUAAUCCUAGGACGUCUUUAUUAUUAUUAUUUAACUUAAAAAUCACAAAAUCACAUUGAUUUUUAAAAAUUAUAUUCAAAUGUUUUGUAUGAUACCAGCAGUAGUCAUGUUGGGGUAUAAUUAGUGUUAUCUAUCAGCGUAAUAAUACGACUGACUAGUACCUAGUUAUUUUAUACAUGCGUCAUACGAUUUUAACCGAGCCCUUAACGGUUUUCUCAUAAUAAAAGUGACAACAUUGUUUAUACUCCAGCCAGUGCUAUUACAUUAAAUAAAUUCCAAAAAUAGUUUUAAACAAUUCACAUAAUCCACUAAUUUUUUAAAAUUGAAAAUAAAUUAAUUUGAAUAUUUAUAAAAAAAAAAUAAACUUUAUAACAAAAUUAUUAUUUGAGUUGGUUACUUUCAAUAGAUUCGAGUUAAUUUCCAAGCCGAAAAAAUUAUAUUUACCUCCACGCGGAUAUAAUCCGGAAAUCGAAAAAGAAAAAACCCACACGAUAGCUUCUGUUAUAAUCAUACAAAAUGUUUACAUAAAGACUUAUAUACUUACAGAUUGAAUCGAUCUUUUGAUACGAAAUCGUGAUUUUCUUUGGACUUUGAACCACGAGUAGGUACGAUCACUAUAUAUACAAUUUCAACUAUUUUAACUACCAGUAUACGAAGACAGUUAAAAAUAAAAUUAAAAAAAAAAACGAAACGGAAAAUAACAACAGUACUUAUCUGUAUAAGAAGUAAUACCAACUUUUGCACUUUUAUCACUCACAGACUAUACAGUAUAUACGCGAAAUGUUGUAUUGUACGUCUAUAUACGACGAUUAGUAAGAGGUAGGUAGGUACCUCCUGACUUAAUAAAGUGUUACACACAUCUGAUAUAAAUAUAAUCGCGUGCGGAAUAAUUUACAGCCCGACUGGUGAAUAUAAUAUAUACGUAUUAUUAUUAUUAGUCAUGUAUACACAUAUACUAAUAAAUUGUAAUAAAUAACGGUUAUAACCUUGAUGUUUCAUUGUACUAAAUAUUUAUAAUAAUAUAAUAAAUAUUAUGAUGCGCGAUUGGAAUAUAUAAUGAAAAAAGGAACAAAUCCGCGUCAAAUAUAAUACUAAUAAGACAUUAAAUUACUUACAACCUAUAUAGGCACUUAACGUUAUUUUAGUAAACAUUUCAUUUAAAAAAAAAAAAAAAAAAAAAUAGAAAAACAGGCGUUUACAGUGUUUAAACAAACAAAUUUACUCCCUCUUUUUUAUGUUUUGCAUACUGGCUUAAUACCCCGGUGAUAUUUUAUUUGCCUGUAUAUAUACGCAAGACUAAUCCGGAUUUAUCUACUUGUAAUAAUUUAUGGGUACUUUAGUUUUAUUAUUUUUUCGUUUCAUAACAUGUUUAUAGAUAAAUCGAAAAAGUAUAGCUUUUUUUUUUCAUCAUUCGCAGAUUUAAAUCGAUAAUAACAUUUUUCUAUAUAAACAACUUCAAAUCGUAUGCAUCCGUGAACGAAACGAUAUGAAUUUUUCGAUAUUAUUUGACAUUUUACCGCGAGUUUUAAUAAUAUCAUAAUACAACUAUGAUAAUAAUAAUUUGAUAAAUCUCCAAUCGAAGGUAAGCGACAUUAUAAUACUAUAAUAUUGAUACUAGUAUUGGUUGGUCAUUUUUAAAAUUUUAUCGAUGAUAAAAUCGCCAAAAAAUACUUAACAAAAAAUUUAUUUGAAAUUUUGAAGUCCAGGAGAAGUAUGGAAGUACAGAAUUAUAGUGAUAUUUUCAUGGAAACUCUAAAAUCUUAUAAAAAUAAAAAACAUUUAAUGCUGAUUUUGACCAGAUCGACCUGAAAAAUAUUCAAAUAUAAAAAACAAAAAAAAAAACGCAUUCAUAUAAAAAAAGUCAUGAAAUUAAUGCAUUGUUAAUAUGCUCUAACCCGUUAAAUAUGCAAAAAUAUGCAAAAUAAGAUUUCGAAUUUAAUUUAUAAAUAACAUUAAACAAAAUUUCCACUGAAUCUAUUUUAUUACAUGUGUAUGAUGUACCAAAAAAAAACAUGAAUAUGUAUAUUCACAGUCCUGAUUAUUACAAUUUGGGUAUAUUUUGUUAAAAUAUAAUAGAAAACAAAAGUUGUUUUUGACUAAUACCCAAUAAAAUAUCAAAUAUAAUGGGUAUUAUUGUUUAUCUUUGUUGUUCAAAUACCUGAUAAUAAUUUUUUUUAAAUCGAAAUCGGUCGUAUUUAACACAAUCUUUUUUUUUUAUAAAAAUCUAUAGGUUAUAUUUCUAUAUUUAUUUAUUUGUUUUUAAGUUUUUAAACCUAAGUUAAGAACACCUUAUAUCCCUACUGUGUCUGUCCGCUACCGUACGUUUGGUACACAGUUAUGGCUUUUGUCUUUUUAAAUUGGUUAACAAGGAAACACCUGUUAUAUUAUUCGUAAAAUUAUUACAAAUUGUAAUUAUUCAUUUAAACAGUCCAUAAUACUAACCAAUAUUACGAAACAAAGGUAUCAAAAUAUAAGAACCUUCAGAAUUUCAAAAAUGUUCUGUCAACACUGGUAUAAAUUGGGGAGGAAGGAUGUUGAAUGGGCUUAGCCCCCUUAAAAACUCAGUGUAAAGUGUUUAAUGGUCAGUAGUCACUGGUCAUUACUCCAUAAUUAAUAAAUGUAUAGCUAAUGUAUAUAUAAUAAUUUGUGAUUAAAAUAUUAUAAAAGAUUAUUAUUAAAUUCGAUACAUUUUUAAAUUCGGAGCUGGUUUGAUAAUGAACAAUAUUUUAAAAUAUCAACCCCUUUUAUAUUAUGGACAAUUUCCGCUUAUGCCUAUCAAGUACCUAUUCAAAAAAUGAUCUAUUUAAUUUAUUUAGGUUUUUAUACAUAAGAAUUAUGUAUUAAUUUACCAAAUUUGUUCUAAAUUGAAUAUGCGUGUAAUCACAUAAUUAAAAUACUUUUAGAAGCCAUGAACUCUGGAUGUUUACAGAGUGGGUUUUCUUAAUUUGUUUUGCAUAAAUAUUUUUAAAUUUUAUAAAAUAUCAUAUUCUGCUGUGUGGGCACAAAGUUGCAGAAUAAGUAUCACGGAAAAGUUUUAAAACCCUUUCGAAUCGAUAAAUCAUUUAAAAAAUAAUCAGCAAAUUUAAUCUUGUGAACAUUACAAUGUAAUCCAUUACCUUACUGUUUCGUUUAUCGAGUAAAUAUUAAAAAAAAAAAUGUUUAAAUUAAAUUUCAGACAGUCAAUCUGUAUAGUUAUAGGUAUUUUUUUUUAUUUUUUACUUUUUCUCCUCUUACUGCUACAAUAAAAAAAAAAAAAACGGUUGGUUUUCAAAUGAUAGUCAUUAUUAUUUUUAAAUUUUAUACCGGGUGUAAAGAAAGUAUAUUAUCCAGUUUCUUAAAAAUUAUAACUCUAUUCAAUAUAAUAUAUUAUAAUAAUGAUGAAUACGAAUAUUACUUAUAUAGCUUUGAGGCUCGGAACACAGUUAAAUAAUAAACACCAUGUAUUAUUAUAUACGUGGGGGGCGAUAAAGUAUUUCCUGUAUAUCUCACCAAUCUGCUCUAAUACAGACUGUGAAAUAACGUUUGCGUAUACACUUGUGUCCAGAAAAAAGAAUAUUAUUAUUAUUUUAUUUUCUGUACGCCAAACGAUAUUUACAGAAUAUUUUGCAGAUUGUCCGAUACAAAAAAUACAAAGCCUUAAAGGUACAUGGUGCUAGGAUUAAUAGUUGGAAAAAAAAACAAUUGCCAAAAAAAAGUGGGAUCUUGAAAGAAAAUUCGCAUAAACGAGAGGGAAAUUUAACAGAUAAUUUGAGGAAGAAGAACAUUGCGUAGGAUAAACCCUAGCUGUGUUGAAGCUUUAUAUGUUAUAUCUUUAAUAUGGAUUAUGUCGUAGAUACAAAGUAAUAGUUAGAUGGAACCUAAGAUCACAAAUGGAACUAUUUACACGCGCUACAAGAGAAUAGAAUAAAUACAACUUGGAAUACAUACCCGACGAAAAAAUGUUUCGUUUUAAAAAACUAUACCUUUAAGUAUUAUUCAUAGUAUUUUAUUUUCUAGCUAAAAUUCCGGCAUUUUCCGUGCCUUUUGAACUAUAAUAUGGCUAAUAAUUAAAACGUCAUAUCGUCAACGGAAUUGAAGGCUUUUCGAAAAAUUUGAUUAAUUGUGUAAUGCAAUCCGUCGGCAGGCCUCGGGGUUAAGAAAACAAAGGUACAAUAUCAUAUAUCGUACGAUAACCUUAUAUAACCGAUACUCAUAUAGAAUUCAUCUGUAUUUUUCCAGCACAAGUGAAUACGAUUUUCGUCACUGUGUCGUAUUUUUUGACGUGGGAGAUGACGCUUUUUAAGAAAAUCACCUUUUCCAAAAACUUUUCUUUUAAAAACCAUAAACUUAGUCGAUUAAUGUUCAAAUUGCUUUUCAAAUGAUUUGAACUACUUAUAUAGUAAAAAAUAAGAAGAAAAAUAACUGUUGACUAGAAACAUUGACAUUAAUUUAAUUAUUUAACAGACUCGGCAAGCUACCGAGCAAAAUGUCCAAAAUUAAAUCGUUCAUAUUUUAGUUUUAUAGUUAAGAAUAAAUACUUUUUUUUUUUUUACCGAAACUAAUAUAUAAUACCUAUGUGUUCGUUAAAAAAUUUUCUCAAUUUGAUGUAAUACUGCGUGCACUGAAAUGUGUGCCAAAAAAUAUUCUCUUGAUUAAUAUUUCAAAAUUUCCCUCCUUAAAUGGACUUCGUAAUUUGGAGCUCUAGCUUUUAUUUUGCUAAACACGUCCAUGCCGAAGAUUGCAAAACAUUUCCUUUAAUGGUUACUAAAAUAUCGCCUUUUGCAGGGUGAACACGUACACGUUUAAAUAUAGCAUUAUAUUGUGAAAUUGCCAUUGUAGUGUUUAAGAAAAAUAUAUUUCUCAUAGUUGUGUAAUUUAUUAUUUAAAAAAAAAGUUUAAAUACGCUUAAAAAUAAAUCAGAUUCUUUGCCAGAAGCCGGUAAAAUAUAUGUAAUCUCGGUGAAUCGAAAUUUCUUAAUCCGACCUUGUCUAGCUGUGUUCACUUGCUUGUUCUCAUUGACGACUGUUAUUGGUUAUAGUUGUUGGUUUUACUUCGUCUAUUUUUUUUCUACCUAUGAAUCACUUCUACUAGAAAUAUUACUCCAGCGUAGUAUCUUUUCUGAACAUUUUUUUGAUUUUCCAAUGAGUUUUCGAAAUAAUCGAGAAAAAUCAAAAAUUUUCAAAACAUUUGUGUGAUUAUUGAGCUAUUUAUAGAAAUUUUAAUUUUGCUAGUUUUUUACGUAAUUUAUAUUUGGUAGGUACUUUAAAGAUACAAUUUUUAGACUGCUUAACAGAAAUGUUUGAACAUUUGAUAGAACGUUCAUUAUAAGUUUUACUUGGUAGUAUCCUUACCUUCCCAACCUUCUCCAAGAAAUGUAUUGGUUUGACAAUGAUGUUUAUUUUUUUUUUUGUACCUGUGAAAGUGUGAAUAACUUUUCUACCAACAAUUUUGUUUCAAUUUUCAAGUGUUACCCUUUAUAUGAAAGAAAGGAUUGGAGAGAUACUUUAAGGAGAUCAUUUUUUGAUUUUUCUAAGAGGUUUCAUAAUAAAUGGGAAAGACCGGAAAAGAACGUAGGAAAGACAGAAAUGUACUAUUUUUAAAUCGUAAAUAUUAUGGCCUUUUAAAACAAGUACAACCAAACUCCGCUCAAAAUCGUUUUGCGAUAGUAAUUAUUAAUCAUUGCGUACAGAUAUACAUUAAAUUUAUCCUCUUCCUUCCAAACUUCUCCCCUACAAUAGUGACCCACUCAUCAUGCGAAGUAUGUCCUGUGUCCGUUUUUUAAUAACUACCAAAUAAUACACGAAGCCCAUAAAGUAUUAAUAUCCCUCUUUUUAUGUUUCUGUUUCGUCCUAGCUACACACUGUUUUUACCUACUCACCAAAAUAAAUCAUAACUAAUACUGUAGCUAGGGAGCAUUGGGGGAGCUAGGGAGCACCCCAAUUUUUUUUUUGUUUUUGGUUAUUUUAGUUAUUUUGGUGUAUUUAUUGUUCUAAAAAAAUAAUAAGUUUUAAUAAAAAUUAUUAGUGCCCCUCCGAAUUUUUUUCUUGGCUAGUCAUAACAAUCCCUUGUUUGUUUCAAACACACCUCGCUUUAAAUGAAAAAAAUGUGUCAUUCUAUUUUAUAAUUUCCCGACAUUUCUUUCUUAGUAGUCACUAUAUUUUGUACUGUAUAGUACUAUAGUUGAAAUAGUCAAACAGAUAUUCGUUUAAGAUGCAAUGUAUCGUUUAUUUGUACAAAUCUCGAGCAAAAUUUGCGAUGAUUGAUGUAUUCAAAAUAAAUCUUUAAUAAUAUUUAAACAAAAUUGAUUAUUUCUUUAAAAUUACUAUUCGUCUACAAAGAAAAUAUUACGUUAAAAUAAUAUUACGCGCCUUGAUUUAUUCAAAUGCAUUUAUAUAAACAUAUAUGUAAUUUAUGUAAGUACUUGAUGAAAUUCUAUAAUAUAAUAUGCUAUACUGCUAUAAGUAUUGUUUCUAAAACUCUGUUACAACUUAUCACAUAAUAUUUUGGAUUCUUAGCAGAACAUAUAGAUAUAAGAACUAUUAUUAUGCAUUAAUGCAUGUAAUUAAUUUUUUUACAAAAAACCGUUUUUGGUUAGUGAAAAUGUGAAGAAUAUUUAUCAAUAUUUAGAGAUUUAUUGAAUUAUCAGUGAGUUAUCAGUUAUUUAGUAAAUCUGUUGAUAGAGUUGGAAUUCGACUGUUUUUGAGAGAACGUACUCGUUUUUUGUCUAUAAUAUUACACCGGUAUAAAUAUUAAUAACCUAGUGAUGUAAUACAAAAUUGGUAUUAAUUGUAUUCUUCUUUGUUUUGCUCCGGGAUAAAAUAUUCUCCACUAUACCACCUCUAAACUUUAAUUUGGACCGUUAUAAUCCGGAAAAGCCGAGAAAAUCUGUUUCCGGGCUUUUUAACACAUUACACUAAAAUCACAAAAAUAAAAAAAAAUUUCCAAAUAUAAUAUUUAAUACCUAGUUUUAUACCGAGAUUAUUAAAAUUCUCGGUAGCUAGGGGACAAUAAUAUUAUAAUAAUACUUCAGGUGACGCAUUGAUUCAUUUUUUUUUUUUUAUUUUUAUGUAUACAUUUUAUAUUUAUAUAUUUAUUUACUUUAUUUAUUUACGAGUAUUAACCAUUUUAAUAAUUUUGUUUUUAUUUUAUUAUAUUAUUAUAAUACACGUUUUAAUACCUCAAUAAACCGUUUUUUCUUCAUCCGUAACGAUUUCUAAACGAGUCAAAUUUGUUUUUUGCUGGUUUUUAAACAAUACAAUUUAUAAUUUUUUUUUAAUUAUUAAUCGUAGGCUCUGGUGAACAUCAAAGCCAAAUAAAGAAUUUGGUAGUUUCUUUGUACCAGAGUUAACAUAGACAUUUUGACAUUCAAGGAUUGGUCGUAACACCUAAGUCUGAUGAUGACUAUUUGAUUUAGUAUAUCUAUACUCGAAUAUAUAUAUAUUUUUUUUAUUGAUAAACACAGUUUAUUGAUUUUUCCUAUAGCUAAAUUAAAAUCAAAUUACGUUAUAUUCGUAGAUUUAGUGUUACACAAUGUAAUAAUAUUAUUAACAACAAUUGAGCAAUGUAUCAUUUUUAAAUGGAGAAAAUUAAAUUUUGACACAAUAAUAUUACAUUAUGGUAUAUUAAACUUAAAUGCUUACUCAGUUCAAUACACUUAUAUAAAUAGUUAUACCUACAUACAAUUUGGGACAUUAUAUUAUUAUUAUUUAUUAUUACAGUUGGCGCCGUGCACUUUCCGCUCAACCUCUUUUUCGUGCUAUUUCCGCCCGUUAUCGUAAUUUUUAGCUGCUGAAAUAAUAUAUAAUAAGGCAGACAAUUCGCUUAAAAUUUAAAAUUAUAUAAAUGGUAUAAACUUUUAAAUUAUUAUAGUUUUGAUUCUGAUUUCUGAACAAACGAUAAAUGAUAGCUUUAUAUAAUUAUAAAUUUCAUGUAAUUGUAUACAUAUGGAUUUCCAUCAUAUAAUUAAUACAAUAAAUCGAAUUCAUUAAUGUAAGGCUUAAUCUUUGAGUACCUACGUGCAAAUAAAAUAAAAAAAAUGUAUAUACAUUUCUAUCAACGUAUCAAAACAAUAAAUUAAAAUUUCGAAAAAGACAAAACUUUAAAAAAAUGUUUAUUAAAUUUAUCGUUUGUUAAAAAUUAAAUUAUACUUGACUAUUAUAAAACAUGUAUAAUUCGUAAGUUAAGUAUUAAGUUAUAAUAAUAAAUUUAUAAUUACCUACACAUAAUACAAUAUUUUAAUAAAUUAAUUAUUCAUUAAUUUUUAAUAGUAAAUUUUGAGCGAAUAGUUUACCUUGUAUAAUUUCAGCUGGUAAAAUUACCAUGACUGAUGGAAAUUGCACGAAAAAGAGGUUGAGCGGGAAGUGCACUUCACCUUACAGUGUGCACUUUUUAAAAAGCAAAAUUUAUUUAAAUAACACAAUUCAGUGUUUCAAUAGCGUAUUUAAGAAGAGAGAUUAGGCAGAUAUAUCUCCCCCUUUACCUUUUUCUUAAGUAUUUAUUAUUAAUAUAACUACUUCUUUUAUUAAUUAAAAUAGUUUUACAUUUUAGAUAAUCAAAAAUCAAAAACGUGUAGGUAACAAGUUAAUAUAUGAAGAAAAAAACAUAUAGAAGGUAUACAUUCUCUUGUUAAAAACUAAACCUAUUCGAACUACUAUAAUAUGAAGAUUAAAAUAGUACAUUAAAUAAUAAUAAUAAUUUCUAAUAGCUACCCAUAGUUAUUAAGAGGUUAGAAUAUUAAAUAAACCUAUAUCAAUUACUAAUACCAAUAGUUAUUUAUGUCAAUAAUAAACGUAGUUUAAACUUUUAAUUGUUAUUAGUUUAAAUUUAAAUUACUUACAAAAAUUAUUGCGAAAAAGCUGGGAAUUGCUGUUGCUGGAAUGUCGGAAAAAUGGGAUUCAUAAAGUUAUUUAAUUUAUAUAUGUACAAAUCGAUAAGCUAUUGCUAACGAAAAACGAUUCCGAGUUCGGUUAAACAUACAUGUUUGAAAUGUCGUAAUUUUAAUGAUUUUCGUCAAAAUUUGAACUUAAAAUACCUAUAAAUAGCUCAAAAAUUACCAAAAUGUUUUAACAUUUUAUCACGUCUAGAAAAGGCUAAUAUAAGUAUUUCAGGCCUUUACAUUUUAGAUUCUGACUAGAGCGAGGAAUGUAUUGGUUUUACAGUGAUGUUUAUUUUUUUUCUGUGAACAACUUUUCUACCUAUAAUUUUGCUCUGAUUUACAAUGAUAGCACUUUUUCUGAAAAGAAAUAUGACUGGAGUGUACUUUGGGAAGAUAAAUUUUUGAUUUUCUCAGGAGUUCCCCAAAAAACGGGAAAAUGUACAAAAUACAUUAGUAAAAUAUUACGGUUUUAUUUUUCUGUAGACAACUUUUCAUCCAGUAAUUUUGAUCUGAUUUACAAUGAUAGCAGUUUUUCUAAAAAGAAAUAAGACUGAGGAAGUACUUUAGAGAGAUCAUUUUUCGAUUUUUCUAAGAGUUUUCCCAGCAAAUGUGAAAAACCGGGAAUACAUGGGAAAAACGCAGUAAAAACAGGAAAAUCGGUUCAAUAUUAAACAAAUAUUAUUAAAGAAAAUGUAUAAUGCCUAUUUAAUUAUUUUACCAUAAUAUGACAUAUUGACAUAUUUAUUGUUGAUAAAGCAACACUAUCAACUGAACUGCGCUCAGAAUCAUUAUUUCAUUAGGAAUAGUUUAUUUUUGCUUACAGAUAUACAUUAAAUUGUCUAUAACAGUGACUACACCUGACCCCAUUAUCCUAGGACGUCUAUUUUUGAACAAGUUUUAAGUUCAAAAUUUAAAGGAAAUCGUAAAAACUACAGCGUUUUAAAACACAUUUAUCCGAAUUUCGGUCAGAUCUUAUUUUUCUUUUUGCUUUUAGCCUAGUUACAACACGUUAUAUAAUAUAAUAUAUGAUACAAUUUUUCCAAAUUUAACAUCUUCCUUCUUGGCAAAAACCUAAAUACGUCACACAUCGUGUGUUUGUAGUUUUCCAUAAUGUAACGCAACAAUUGAUAAAUAAAUGCAUAUUAUGAAAUAAAAUCAAAUAUAUUGUGAUGGUAUUUUUUCCUGUAGGUACUUUCAAGUGCCUAUGAAUAUAAUAUUAAUAUUGUAUUAUGUAAGGUGCUAAUAAAUUAAUAUAUUUAUUAAUAUAAGUGCAAUUAAAAAAUUUGUUUAUUUUUGUGUUGUGUACGGUCGAUAUAAUAUAUGUUGCGUGCGAUUAAAAUUCACGUGUUCUGUUGGAGAUUUAACCAAAUUUAACAUUAAUUAUUGUAUAUACUCCAAAUAAAAUGAUAUAUCAUACCGCAUUGUUGUAGGUAUCAAUAUAAUUAACGAAAAGAUAAAAAUAAAACAAAUAAUAAAAAAAAAAAAAACCAUAAUAAUAUUAUACCUACAACAGUUAUUUGAAAAUAAAUUAUAAUAAACUCUUAACAACCGCUUAAGUCACUGCAGUAUACGAGAGUGUAUACAGUAUUGUGCGAUGCUCCGUGCGUUAAAACGACUCGCAAUAUUAUUAUUAUCGAAGACGUUUGUAGACGGCUUUUUUAAUAUCGUAUAACAAUAACAACAUAAUAUACGAGUACGCUGGACCGUUUAUUUUUUUUUAUUUUUCAUACGGCUUAUCUAAUAAAGUAUACCUACGUAUAACGGACGUAGGUUUCGUCGUUCAUUGGCUCAGUGUAUAGUCCAAUUUAAGGUGAUUAUUCAAUUUGUACUCGGGGGUUUUUUUUUUUUUGUGUUCACGCCGCGUCGUUAAUAUUGUACGUACGAUUGCCAAAUAUAAUAUUGUUAUCUAGUCGCGUACGGUCCGUGGACACUGCGCGACGUCGAACGAUUAUUUUUUUCCGUGAUACUUAUAAAAUUGAAAAACAUUUUAGUAAAAAAUAAAAAAAAAUAUUUAUAUAUAUAUAUAUAAACUAGACACCAAACAUGACUGUGGGAAAAACUGCGAAAAUUUCCUCGCCCUCAAUGAAGAGACGGAAAUCCGCUCUGGGCGAGGACGAUCUGGAACGCGAAACCAAAGCGUUGGCUUCAUUUUAUCCGAGCCCGCCGCCCGUCGACUUUGUCCAGAGUACAGUAAGUCGGCUAAUACACAUACAAUAAUAAAAUUGAUACAAACAUUAAAAAAAUAAUAUUACAAAUUAUUUUUCUGAAAGUCAAAUUUCACAUUAACUCCCCCAUCUGUUAUACUUAACUAAAAGAGUAAUAGUAUUCUUAAAAAUACAAUUUAUAAUAAUAGUUUUUAUCAGUGGUGUUUUGGAAAAUUAAUUUUUGCGUAUAUAAACUUUUAAAUGAUAUAUUAUGAUCAAAAAAAGGUUCUUGCUACGCACUAAAUGUGAAAAUAUUAAUCAUUUUUAGACUGCAUUCCAAAAUAUGUACUUUUUUCAUAAUUUGUUUUACUUUAGCCAUAUUAUUUUAGUUGUUUCUAAAUAUCACAUUAACUAUAGUCUUUAAAUUUUUGAUUUCCGUAAAUCCGUUAGCAAGAUAUCCACUUUUAAGUUUGGGUUGGAGAAGAGUAGUGGAGUAUCAUUUUUGAUUCUGUGGCUGCACGGUGCGCGGCGUGUAAAUAAUGCAUCAUUACUCUACUCCAACCCAAAUUUAAAAGUGGAAUAUCUCGUCAACGGAUUGAUGGAAAUUAAAAAUAUCAACACCAACAUUUAUUUUAACUAAUACUCCAUCUAUUUAUGGCAUUUUUAAUUUAGGUUGUCAUUUAAAAAUUAAAAGUAGGUAGGUUUUACCCCUAAUAAUAAGGGUGAUAAAAAAUAGCAUACAUAUAAAAUUGUAGAGCAGAUUGUUUCUCAAAUGUUCUAGAAAACAAAUUCCGGAAAAAAUUAAUACUUUCCGAGAUAAUGAGUGUACCCAUUUAAAUGGAUCACCUGAUGGCUGGUACUAACCCUAUAACUACAAAUUAUAUAACUUAUUCAUAAUUUUACAAUGAAAUUAUAAAACUUAAAAUAGAUAUUUUAUAAUAUUGUAUAAUAAUAUUUACCCCAAACUCCUAGUGCAAACGACCAAACGUUUCGAUUGACGAUUAACCAUUGAUCAGGUAGAAUAUACCGUUAGAUUGGCUUAUCAAUUAUAAUUCUGCGCACGGACUAAAUAUAUGACGUACAUUUGUAUAUGAGUAUUAUAAUAUAAUUGUCAUUUUUCAUAGAUAAUAAAGAUUAAAAAUACAUUUUCCAUUAUCUAUGAUAAUUUUAUGUAUUCAAUUUGAAAACAAUCAGUUAUCUGAAAACAGUUUUUUUUAAAUAGAUGUUUUUUGCAACGGGCAAAACAAUGAUAAAAAUAAAUUAUUCAGUUAUCAUUAAUCAGUAUAAGCUCGUAUCUGCGUAUGAUCUAUUUUUCAAAAAGGUAUACUCCAUAAUAUGAUUGACAAAUACGAAUUAAAUAUACUUCGUAUACUCAAGUAUGUCCUACAAUAUACUGCUGGUUAUUAUACUUACGUUAAACAAAAAUACAAAUUCAAAGUUCGAGUUUUAACCUAACCUACCUUUAGUGUUUACUUCGGGAAAUCAAAUUCUAUAUAAUAAUCAUUAACUGUGACUAUUGGACGGUAUACACAUCUGAUAGUGUUUUACUUUUAUUUUUCUGACAUUUAUAAUAGGUAUGCACUGGACUGGUUAAAACUGCACUCUUCUGCAAUCUGUAAUGUAAUAUUAUUUACCAUACAAUUAUGGGAAUGUUUCAGAUUCGAAUCCGUUAUCGUAAGGUCUAUUGUAAUUCUAAAUGUACUUUUCUAUUUAUAAUAAUAAUAUGUGUUUUCUAAUAAUCUGUAAUAGUAUAUACAUAAGUUUCGCGUCGCCAUGUGGAAUAUGACCUGGUCAACAAAUACAUCACAGCAGAAACGGUUAUGCUGAUUAUGAUUUCAAAAACCUAGAUUCUUUUGUUGGUUUUUUUGUUGGAAAACCCUUCCGGUUAAUAAAAAUGCUCUAAAUUAUUCCAACUGUACCUAAAAAGAUACAAAUUUUUUGCCCAGUGAUAUUGAAAACGCUCUUAUUUUAAACUUUUCUAGAUUUUUACUAGAAUUUGGUUAUUGAUUUUACUAAGAUGUUUAUUUCUUUUUUCUUUUUUUUUCUUGUUCUAGGCUGUGUUUUUUUUAGUAAACUUGCUCCGAUUUUUACGUAUAGCAACUUUUCUGGAAGCUCAAGUUGUCUAGAUGGUACUUUAAAGAAGUCAUUUUUUGAUUGAUGAAUUCGGUUAUAAAUACACGUAGAGACUUUAAACUUGGUAAUAAUACUUAUAUUGGACUUACUUAGACGUGAUAAAAUUUCUGAAAUAAUCGGACGACUUUUUUUUUUAAUAAGUUUUUGAAAUCAAAUUUAAACAAAAAUCUAAAAAAAAUAAUAAUUACGGCACUUCAAAUUAUAUAUGACCGAACUGCGCUCGGAAUGUCUUUCGUCAAGCAAUGGUUUAUCAUUGCUUCAGAUAUAAAUGAAAUAACCUUAUGUAUCUUACCUUCUCAACUUCUCACCUACAACAGUGGCCACUCCCAUCCCCAGUAUCAGCUCUUUAUUAUUUUAUUACCAUUUAUCGUUUGGUUUUAUUCACACUCACACUUGCACACGAAAAUAGAAACUGGACUGGUCGUCACUCAUGCCGAACCGAUGACGCAGAAGAGAGACAUGAUGCUAAACAGUGUUACAUCAUAAUCUUUUUUUCGAUACUACACAAACGAAAAAGUAAACAAUUUCAUUUGCAAAGCUUUCUUAUAAAACUUUGAUUUUUAAUGAUUUAACAACUAUUGUUUAAAAAAUGUAGACUAGAGGAGUCGAGAGGGUAAUAAAUAGUAUUAUAUCCAUGUUCACAUACCCCACAACAAUUGUUUCUUAUACCUCCGGCCUGAUUUUCGAAUUACAUAUUAUAUCCGAUAAUGGUAUUUCGCAUAUAAUAUCAAAUUUUUUUAGAAGAGUGAUGUGUAUUCUCUUUUCCAAUCGGAAUUUAAAAAAAAAAAUGAGUUAGAAAAUCAAUCUCAUAUAUAUUAUAAUAUAAUGUUUGUAAACGUAUAUAUACGUAUAGUAUAUCGUAAUCAUCACACAAGAUCAUUAAACCGUUCCAAUAAAUUAAAACCAAAAAACAAAUUAACUCAAAAUCUUCGUAUAGGUAAUUGCUGGUCUGUGAUUAUUGUUAUCUACGAGAGAGAGACGACUUGAAAUAUCCAUAUCUCUGUAGAUUUCACUGAGUUCGCUCACAAGUGCACUGUACCUAUAGUUGUUAUAAAAUAAUAAUAUUCUAUUAUAGCUAUAUCAGCAAUUAGUGAAACGUUAUAAGAGCACACCCGAUCGCUAUACAUAAAAUAAAUUGUACACGAACUUAGAUAACAGUGCUUGACUUGAAGAACUUAUUAGUCUACGGAGCAUUCUGAUAUGAUAAAUACAAAAUUUGCAUUCCUAAAUAUAAUAAAAUUCCCGAACAAAAUUAAUAAUUUUAAUUAUAAAAUUAGAUUAGGGAUUAAAAUAUUCGGUCUUGGUGGAUAUUAUAAUUUAUGGUCGAGCUAAUAUCCGAAAUUAUUCUUAAUUCGUUUUAUAAUUUUUUAAUUUUAACUGACCAAAACCCAUAGUUUUAGGUGUGAAAAUAUGGAAAUUAAUUUCUAAACUCUGGAAUAAAUAUAUUAUUGCAUAUAGUUAUGUAUAGAUGUAUAGUUGUACUUUCCAUUGUGAUACAAUAAAAAAACAUAUUGUAAUAAAAAUAGAUAAAACCAGUGCAUAAUCGUGUUGAAAUACUAUAAAAAAAAAAUUUGCACAUAAAAAUUACGAAAUAAUUUAAAAGCAAUAUUAUAUUAAUCACGUUUAAUAUACGAUUUCAACUCAAAGGAAUUAAAUUUAAACGUAGUUAAAAACAUUUAUAAGGCACGUACUCAAAAGAAAUUAACCUCUUAAAAGUAGCGCAUUUUAUCUUCUGUUUCGUAAUAGGGAAUAUAACAAAAACAUGUUUUUGUAAUUCCAAUAGUUCUCAGACUUCGUUGGUUAUAUAAAACCAAUUGAUUUUAUUGCUAAAUAAAUAUUAAAAGUUGUACUAAAUGUCUAUAGAACAGCUUUUAAAAUCGAUUUUAAAAUAUUUAAAUAAAAAAUCAUAUCAAAUCGGCAGAUUAUGAGUUUAAAAAAAACUGCUUUAUAUAAAUAUUUAUUAAAGCUUCUUGUGUUUAUAUUGACGCUAAAAUCAAAUUAACGAGACCUGAGUACUAUUGGAAGUACACAAAAAAUGUUUUGCUUUGUUGUCCUUUUGAUGUUACAGGCAGGCGACGCAUUCAUUCAUUUAUUUAUUUUUUUAUGUAUACAUUUAUCUACUAUAUUUAUUUACUUUUUAAUAUAAAACACAUUGUAUAUACAAAUUUGUAUUAGUGUUUUUAUUAAUAUUUAAUAUUAAUCGACUAUAAUAAUUACUAUUCAAUGGACAAUUGGAUUACUAUGUGCUUAAAAUAUUUUCAGAAAAAUAUUCACAGUUCGGAUAUACAAUUAAUAAUAAACAUAGAAAAAACUAAACAUAUUUGUAAAUGAAAGGUACAGAGAAGAAAACAGAAAAACCACAAUUUUUUUCAAACUGAGAAAAACAUGUUUUUAAUUUAAAAACCUAACAAAUUUUUUUUUACAGAAUAAAACCAUGGGGACAAAUAUAGGAAUAACGGGAAAAUUGGUAUAAUAUUAAAUGGAUAUUAUUAAAAAAAAUAAAUAUAAUGCAUAUGUAAUUAUUUUACUAUAGUUUGACAUAAUAUAAUAUGUUGUUGACGAAGUAACACUAUUAACCAAACUCCUCUCAGAAUCGUUUUUCGUUAGCAAUGUUUAAUCGUUGCGUAUACAGAUAUGCAUUAAAUUUCCCCUCUACCAUCCCAGCUUCUCACCUAAAACAGUGAAAUAUGUUCGUACUUUUUUAACAUUAGAAUAUUGAAAAUUUAAUUUUUACUUGAAAGAAUAUAAAAUUAUGAUGGGUCGAUAAAUGAAAAUCAAAAGUUAGCAUUUACUUAUUUAUGGUAAAACGAACGAAGGUAAAUUGUUAAGAAUAUAGUAAAUGAUAAUUAUAAUAAUUAAUGUUAUUUAAAUGAUUUUGUGUUUUUUAAAAUUGACAAACGGAAAAAUUACAGAAAUUAACAAAAUGUUUGAGCAUUUUAAAACCAUCUUAGAUUAUUCAGGUUACAUUUUUUGGUAUUAAAUUAAAAAUAAACGGACAAAUCUAAUCAAUUUCUUAUUACAAAAUAUAUAUUUUUUAAAUAAAUUGUCAAUUAUAUUAUGUUAUAAAAAUUUUAUCACAAUAAUUUGUAAAAUGUAAAAAUCCGAUCAUUGAGACGGAUUAAAACUCAAAGUAAUGACUAUAUAUAUAAAUAGGGUAAUCAACAUAACGUAAAAAACUCAUUUUUUCGAAAAGUAUUCAUUUUUUUCAAAAUUUGUUUUUCAGACAUUUAAAAAAUAAGUAGCUGUAAAAUAUUACAUUUUGAUUAUUUUUGCAUCUGUAUUUUAAGCGGUAAAACUUCUACCUACUUUUGAUGUUCAAAUAACAACCUAUACUAAAAAUUCUAUAAAUAGACGGAGUAUUAGUUUAAAUACAUUUUGGUAUUGGCGUUAUUGAUUUUCGUCAAUCCAUUGAUGAGAUAUUAUACUUUUAUAAGUUUAGGUUGGGGGGAGAGUGGCGGAACACUAUUACAACGCCGCGUGCCGUAUCGAAACAAAAAUAAUGCUCCACAACUCUCCCCUCCCCCCCGCUGAUUCUUAAUAGAGGAAUAUUCCGUUAACGGAUUGACGGAAAUUAAAAAUUGCAAUACUAUAAUUGAUUUGGAUUAAUACUCCAUCUAUUUUCGGGGUUUUUAACAUAGAUUACUGUUUAAAAAUCAAAAGCAUGUAUUUGUUUAACCCUCUAAAAUAAGGAUGACAAGAACAAGAGUAAUAUAACAUUUUGGAGCUAGGUAUCUACUUAUUUUUUUAAUGAUUUUUUUCUCAAAUUCCAAAAAAAGUUAAUCUUGUAUCUUGAGUGUUUUAUGUUUAUUGAUCACCCUACAUUAUAUAUUAUAUAAAUAAUCGGUUUACUAUGUGUGCUUUUUUUUCUGUCUUUUUUUUACAGAAAGAAAUCUUGUUCCGAUGUAUAGAGUAUAGUAUAUUUUCUGAAAGGAAAUUUUGUUUAGUUGGGGUGUUAAAGAAGUAAUUUUUUGAUUUUCCAAAGGGCUUUCGAAAUAAUUGGGAAAAACUGAAAGAAAAUUAUAGGCAAUUUAUAGGCAUUUGAUAUUUUUAUAUAUAUUUUUAUUUGGUAGUUAUCUGUUACUAAAAUUAUAUGACUUAAGAGAAAUACUUGAAAAUUUAACACAAGGUACAUUAUAAAUAAUUAAAGCAGUAAACAGCUGCAAAUUUCACAGAAUUAAAAUCAGUUCAUCUACUAUUAUCGAUUCGAUAACUGUGUUUGAUAGCAUUUAUUUAUUUUACAGAAUCGAUUGGUAGCUAUCGGUUCAGUAAAGUUUCAACCCAGCAUUUUUAUGAAAAAUAUGAAGGUCUAAGUUUAUAAAACCAAAAUAUUUAAACUAACACAAAUGUUUAUAAUAGUGUGACAUACUAAAUACGAAUAAAGGUAUUUAUUACAUAUAUACUAAACACGUAACAAUAUUUUUUAUUCAGUGUUUUAAAUAUUAUUUUUCAUUGACUUUUGAACUAAUUUCAUAAUAAUUAAAACAUUAUAAUAUACUCACUGUUUUGCAAUUUGUGCUGGUUUAUGUUUUUAAUCGAGAUUUAAUUGAAUGAUUUUUUUAUUCAGUUUUUUAUAUGGAAUUCAUUAAGUUUAUAUUUGGUGAAUACAAAAAGUAUUAGUUUAUAUAAAUAGACUUUAUCGGUUUUUAAUGCAAUAAACAUGGGAUAUGCAUAAUUAAGGUAAAUGUAUUAUCAAAUACACACGUUAUUAGUAACAUAAUCUAUAUUGACUAUAUUAAUAUAGUAAUCGAUAUAAAGUAAAUGCUAUAAAGUAAUGAUAAAGAGUGCAGAGUUCACCUUUUUUCUUCACCUAUCGUCGUUCUCUUGUUUAUUAGCACUGUUUAUAUUAUAAACAUUUAUUAUUACAUCUUUUUCUUUCUUGAUAAUACGACACGCGACUGUAUAAGACCUGUACAGCAGUUCGUAUGUUAAUUUCUUUGAGUUUCGCGAUUUUCAGUCACAUACGACCCAGUGAACUUCGAUAAUUCGCACGCUACACAACAACUGAAUAAAAUAAUCUCAAAUCCACCGGCAUAGAUCCAUAAUUUAAUAUAGGUAAUUUAGUGUGAUAUUUAAAGUCGACGCGAUUUAACGAAUACAUAACAUAUAUUCUCGCCGUCGUCUAUUCUGUGCGCAAGAGACGACGAUGGUUCAAUAAUAUCAUAAAAGUAUUAAUAAAGCGGUAUUUUUUCUAUUUUUUUUUUUUUUUAUUAUUAUUAUGGAUCAGAUGUACGGACGUUACACAAAAGAAUUGGGAGAUUACGUCAAAGGAACACAAAACGUUCAAACGCCCGUCAUACACGGCAAUGUUAACGAAGACUUCACCAAGUACGGCGGGAAAAUCAGUUCGACUUUGGAAGUAGUAUGGCGCCAUUCGUUCGCCAAACUCAGCGAAGACUGGGUAUUUCUCACACUUUUGGGUUUGGUCAUGGCCGUACUCAGUUUCUUCAUGGACUACGGUAUAGACUUCACUAACGAAGGUCAGUAAAAUACUUUACUAAAUAUUAUAAAGUCUAUUGUGAAACCCGACGAGUAAUAUGUCCUAAAAACCUAAAGCACUCAUGUUUUUUGCAUACUUAAGUCGACGAAACUGAAUAAACUUGAGUCCUAAAUGUUGAUCCCGAUUCCCGUCCCUAACCCACAGCUUACUAUAAUACGAGUAUAUCUAGCAAAUUGUAUUCAAAUUAGAAUAUUAUUAUUUUAAAAUUUAAACUCAUGGGAUUAGGAACAGAUGUAGGAACAAGAUUUUUGUAUAAUUUUCACAAAACACAUUUUUAGCAACUUUCAAUCAGCUUAAAUAUUCAUAUAGUACUAAUAAUGGUAGUUAUAAAAUAUAUUGAUUUCGUUGGGUUCGAUAUAAUAAACCAGUCCAUAGUAUUUGGUAAUGUUAAAAUAUUUUAAUAGUAUUAAUAACCCAAUACUUAUGUUUGUAAAACCAAAAAAUGUUUAUUUAUUGUAUACUCGUAUAAAGUAUACUAAUACAUAAAUAUAUUAUGUAUUUCUUUAUUUAAAUAACAUUUUAAAUAAAUAUAGAGAUAUAGAUAAAACAUAUGUUUCUUUUAUUAAUUUAUGCUUAGUUGCCGUAAUAAUUAUAAUAUAUUAAACGGCACUUAUAUUAUUUAUAAUGACUAAUAAUGUAUGCAAUGAUUAAUGAUUGCUAACGAAAAAUAAUUCUGAGCGAAGUUUGGUUAAUAGUGUUGCUUUGUCAACAAUAUAUAUUAUGUCAAACUAUAAUAAAAUAAUUACAUAUGCAUUAUAUAUUUUCUUUAAUAAAAUUUGUUUAAUAUUGUAUCUAUUUUUCGUUUUUUCCAUUUAUUGAAAAAUCUCCUGGAAAAAUCAAAAUAUGUCCUCCUUAAAGUACAACCCUAGUUAGAUUUUUUUUCAGAAAAAGUUCUAUUAUUGUAAAUCGGAGCAAAAUUAUUGCUAGUAGGAAAAUUGUUCACAACAUCAUUGUAAAAUCAAUAUAUUAUUAAUAGUGGUAAUAAUUAAUUAGUGGUAAUAUAUUAUUACCACUGCUCAGAAUCUAUAAGACAAGAUUACACUGUGUUAAAUGAUUUAUAAUAAUUGUGUUAUAUUAUCAUAUUGUGUUCUGUAGGAAGAAUAUGGCUGUUCAAAGAUAUGAUGUUCAAUCAGUAUUUGCAGUACAUUUCAUGGGUGCUGUUACCCGUCAGCUUAAUAACGUUCGCGGCCGGAUUCGUGCACUUGGUUGCACCUCAAUCGAUAGGUACGUUUUAAUCAUUAGUUUUCCAGAAGAGUUUAACAAAAUCUUAUAAAAAUUUCGAUCUGUAUAUUAUUUUUCAUAGGUUCGGGAAUACCGGAGAUGAAAACGAUCUUAAGAGGCGUCGCGCUAAAAGAAUUCUUGACGCUGAGGACUUUAAUCGCCAAAGUAAUAGGUGUCACGGCUACUUUGGGUUCUGGGCUACCACUAGGCAAAGAGGUCAGUGUUCCUAUAUAUAUCACGGUUAUGGCGUAUUUUUUGGAGUAGCCGAGGGGACUAUAGCCUCUUCUCUCGAAAUUUCUAAGAAAUAAUGAUUUAAAUAAAAGUAACUUCAAUUCUAGGACUUUAUAACGGUAAUAUAGGUAUUUAUAAAAGAAAAGCUACUUAGCCCUCCCUGGGCAACAUUUUCUGGGUACGCGCCUAACUUAGAUAAUGUACUAGUGCCGAAAUACAAAAUAUUAAUUUGAAAACAUAUUUUCCAGGGUCCGUUUGUGCACAUUGCCAGCAUAACAGCCACGCUUCUGACAAAAAUGAUCACCUCGUUCAAAGGAAUCUACGAGAACGAAUCGAGAAAUACGGAAAUGUUGGCAGCGGCUUGUGCGGUCGGCGUGGCAAGUUGUUUCGGCGCUCCGAUCGGCGGCGUUCUGUUCAGCAUCGAAGUAACCACCGUGUACUUUGCUGUGAGAAAUUACUGGAGAGGUUUCUUUUCAGCCGUCUGCAGUGCAACUGUUUUUCGAUUACUGGCUGUCUGGUUCAACAAGGCAGGUUUGUAUACAUUAAUAUAAUCCUAUUCAUCUUCUUCUACACCCAAAGAAUGGUUGACAGUAAUUCUACGCUCUGCGAGCUUCUACAGUUCUACACUUUCAUUUUUUUAUUUACAAUCGAUAUCUUUUAUUAUCCAACCAAUCCAAUAUUGAGCUAAUACUGUUAUGACUAAGUCCAUGUAUCCAAAUGCAUUUUCUCGUUUUUAUAGAUAUGGUGAAAACUAGAUUUCUGGUUUCUUCAAAAAUUCAUAUUAAGCAUCUAAUAUUAUAAUAAAAUGUUUGAAUAUGUGUAUAUAAUUUUUGUCAUAUUUUAGAUACGGUAAAGGCUUUUUUUCCUACUCAUUUCACCAUGGAAUACCCGUUUGAUCCGCAAGAAUUGACGGUGUUUGCUCUACUCGGGUGAGUAACAGCUGCAGUCACGGCGAAUCAUUCCUUAUACUAUAAUAUAAUAUUGUACGUAUAAUAUAAUAAAUUAAAUAACUAUACCGGUUUUAGGGUUGCUUGUGGUAUUCUUGGAGCAGGUUAUGUGUGGGCCCACAGACAAUAUGUAUUGUUUAUGAGACAAAGUAAAAGAAUUAAUUCGUUCCUACAAAAGAAGUAAGUGAGUAUCACUCGAUCAAUUUUGUUGACACUCAAAGCUGGGAAAUAAUUUAUAACUGAUCUUUAACUGUGUUUUACGUUAUAAUAUAGCCGAUUUUUGUAUCCCAGUUUGAUCACGUUUCUCACAUUGACGUUAACAUUCCCUCCGGGCACUGGUAAAUAUAUUGCCGGAGAGUUAAACGUACACGAUCAAGUGAGAGUGACAUUAAAUAAUAAUAAACAAUAUUUAUAUAAUAUCGGCUAAAUUCCGUGUCAUUUUGUUCAAGUUAACUGGGCUAUUUAGUAAUUUCACGUGGACAAAAGAUGAGUUUACCAUAGAAGAAGCAGAAAUGAUGAACCAUUGGCGAACGGAAAACAGUAACGUUUUCAUAUGUCUAUCGGCUUACAUAGUUUAUACGGUAAUAAUAAAACAAAACGACUAAACUUACUGACAAGUAAUUGUCUUUCUCCUAUAAUUCAAGUUUAUUUUCAGUUUGUAUUUUCCAUAAUUGCAUCAACCAUUCCAAUACCAUCUGGUAGUUUCAUUCCUGUGUUCAAAACUGGAGCCGCAUUUGGUCGUAUCGUUGGCGAACUUAUGCACUAUUGGUUCCCGUUAGGUGUUAGGCAUGGGAAAUUCAUCACGCCCAUCAUACCAGGUAAAAAUAAUAAAUUUAAAACCAAUUGGAAAACUAUAAUUAGGCGAUUGCUAUAUAAUUCGGUAAUUUUUUUUUUCGUGUAAAUCCAGGAGGUUAUGCCGUAGUCGGAGCAGCCGCUUUUGCAGGAGCUGUCACACAUUCCAUAUCAGUGUCUGUGAUAGCUUUCGAAAUGACAGGCCAGAUCACUCAUAUUAUACCUGUCAUGGUAUCGUAUUUUUAUAUUUUCUUUGUAUUUAUCUUUAUUAUCUAUUAAAUAUACUGCAGUUCCUACAAAUAUGUUGUAUUUAUAAUUUAUUGUAGAUUGCUGUAUUAAUAUCAAACGCGGUGGCAGUGUUACUACAACCAUCGCUUUAUGACAGUAUAAUACUAAUAAAGAAUCUCCCCUACUUGCCGGAUCUUCUCCCGUCUAGCUCGGGUAUAAUAUUUAUAUUAUUUGAUUAACGAAAAACAUCAUACUGAAUUGUAAAAAUGUAUAAUACUUAGUGUACGUUUAGGUAUUUACAACGUGUACGUAGAAGAUUUCAUGGUCAGAGACGUCAAGUACAUUUGGUAUAAUAUGAGUUACAGAGACUUAAAAAGGGUUCUUCGAGAAAACAAAGUUCUAAGAGUUUUUCCUCUAGUUGAUAAACCGGGUAAGAUAAGAUAAGAUAAUAUUUGAUUAGCCGAGAAAAACAAUUUGUACAUUAAAAAUAUAUAUAUAUUACAUUAUUACAUAAUAUACCAAUCUAAUAAUAAUUAAAAAACAAUAGUGGCGUUAAAAUAUAAAUAGUAUUAAAACUAACAAUGAUAGAUUAAUAUUAAUAUAUUUAUAAUUAUACAAGUUAAAAUAAUUAUUAUAUUAAAUUUGGCCCAAUUCACCAUUGAGUAAAUACCUCGUAUCGGUAAAAUUAAAAAUAAUUUUAAAAAAAGAGCUGACACUGGAGACGGGUGUAGCCACUGUUGUGGGUAGUGGGGAAGAUAAGAUACAUAAAGUUAUUUUAUUUAUACUUGUAACUAACGUUAAAACAUUGAUAACGAAGAACGAUUCGGAGCGAAGUUCAGUUAUACAUGUUUUGUAAGGUCAUAAUAUUUACGAUUUUCGUCAAAAUAUGAUUUUAAAACUUAUAUAUAUAAAAAAAAAAGUACUGCAUUAAACUAAAUUUCUGUUUCUUAAUCACUAGGUACGACUUGCUUAUAAUGUACCUUCUGUCAAAUUUUUGAGUAUUUCUGUUAAGUCUAACAAUUCAUCUACUGAGUAUCUACUUAAAAAAAAAUUACGUAAAAAAAACUCGCAAAUCAAAAUGUCUUUAAAUAGCUCAAAAUUUCAUGUCUUUAUAAAUAUGUUAACCUGAUUUACAACAAAAACAAAAUUGAAAAUAAUAAAAACAUUGUUUUCGUAAAAUGUCCCGUUAUUUCUACGUUUUUUUUCGGUUAUGCGGAGUUAUUUAUAAAACUUCAGAUAAAAUAAAAUGAAAACCUUACUCAUGAACUAGAUUAAAAAUGAAAUAAAAAAGAUCUCGUGUCAUUUAUCCAUUGGAGUAAUAUUUGUGGUAGAAAACAUAAGUAUAACACAAUGAAAACGGCAACACCGUGGAUCGCCGUAAAUAUUUGCCGUUUUACCUAUAAUUUUCUUUCGGUUUUUUCCCAAUUAUUUCGAAAACACCUUGAAAAAUCAAUAAAUUACAUUUCUAAUGCACUAAUAAAACAAAAUUUCCUUUCAAAAAAUGUACUAUAUUCUAUACAUCGGAGCAACAUUUAUUUUCGAAAAGUUGUUCACAUACAGAAAAAAAAAAAAAUACAAAAAAAAACACAAUAGUAAAACACUAAAACCAAUAGACUCCUCGCUUCGCUCCGAAUCUGACAGAAAAGGAAAACAGUAUUAUGAGAAAAUAUAAUUUAAUAAUUACAAUAAUAAAUUAUAUUUGUUUUAGUAAUUUAUCCUAAAUAUAACGAUUGACUUGAAUUGUACUCUAAUGUGCUAAUUUUACAAGCUUUUCGUGAAAUAUUAAUAAUACAAAUUUUAAUGCGGUUUAUUAUUUUAUUUCAGACUCGAUGAUUUUACUAGGCUCGGUCCCUCGAAUCGAACUGAUAAAAUUGAUUGACAGACAAGUAGGUAAAGAAAGGCGGAUGCAAGUGGUUGCUAAAUGGCAAAAAGAAGCGCAAGAGAAAUUGGACGAAAUAGAAAGAAAACGAAGGGAACAUUAUAAAGAAAGGCGACCGUCUAGGUUCGAAGUCACGCCCGCUCCAGAUACCCUACAGAGGAGAUUAUCAAUAAGUACUCAGUCGCUUUCGACAAAUCCAGUAAUUAAGGUAAGAAUAAUAGCACAUCAUAAAAAAAAUCCCGAAUAAGCCAUGGAUAAUUAUAUUAUCCGGGAAUAUUUACCGAAAUUUUGAAAUUAUUAUGUUAAUCAAAGAUAAAUUGUACGUUAUUAAAAUUAUAUUUUGUUCACUUAGUUAGGAUAAAGAUUAUAAUGAUCUUCUUUGUUGAACUUUUAAUAUAUAUGGUGACCAAUACAGUAAUUUUUUGACUUUCUUUGUAGUUUUUUUAAUAAUUGAGCAAUACCGAAAAAAAAAACGUAGAAAAAACGGAAAAUUUUGCAAAAAUAAUACUUUUAUUAUUUUUAAGUUGGUCUUUUCGUUGUCAUUAAAGUUAAAAUAUUCGUAGGGAUUUUAUAUUUUGACUGAUAAUGAAUACUUACAUUUUCUAAAUGUGGUUUAAUUUUAAAAAUAUUUUAGUUAUUUUUGAGAUAUUUAUAGACAUUUUAAUUUUGCGAGCUUUUAAGUAAUUCUAUUUGGUAUGUACGCUGCAGAUAAAUUGUUGGGCUUAUUAGAAAUGCUUGAAAAUUUGAUAGGAUGUUUAUUAUAAGUCUUAAUUUAGUUUAAUGUAUUAUUAUUUUUUUUGUAAGUUUUAAAAUCAAAUUUUGACGAAAAUCGUAAAUAUUACGGCCUUUAAAAAGUUGUUUAACCAAAAUUCAUUCCGAAUUGUUUUUCGUUAUCAAUGAUAUUUAUUGUUGGUUAUAGGUAAAUAACUUUAUGUGUUCUACCUUCCCAAAUACCUACAAUAUUGGCCACACCCGUCCCCGGUAUCAGUUCUUUUUUCUUUUGUAUUUUUGUAGUUUUUCUUUGUGUAUGUAUUGUAAACAACUUUUCAAAAUGAAAUCUUGCCCCAAGGUAUAGAUCAUAGAACGUAGAACAUUUUCUGAAAAGAAAUUGUAUGUAUUUGAUAUAUUAGAGAGAUGAUUUUUCUUGUAUUUUCAUAAUAAUUAGGAAAACCCGGAAAAAAACGUAAAAUGAAAACUGACAAAUUUAUGGCGUUUCGAUCACAUUAUUUUUAAUGUUCACACGUUAUGUUUCUACCAGAAAUAAUGCUCUGUUAAAAAAAACCACAAUAGACUAUAGUUAUUGAGUUUUCAAUCUAGUUAGUAAGUGAAAAAAUGUUUUUUUUUUAUUUUCCGUGUGAUUUUUUUAACCGAAAAAUAAAUUUUCGAAUAAAACCUAAAAAUAACGUAGAAUGAACGGGGAAAUUUACGAAAAUAAUGCUUAUAUUUUUAUAAAUUUUUAUUUUUUUUUGUUGAAAUUCAGUUAAAACAUUCACAGAAAUUUGAAAUUCUGAUACAAAAUGUAUGGUUGCUUUUUCUAGACGUUCUCCUCCGAUCUAAAUUACCUAAACUCGUAUAGAAAUAAAAGUUUAAAAAAACAAUUUUUCGUGUCAUUCAAUUUUUGAUUAUAAUAAAUAAUCUCAUUUAAUAUAUAAAUUCAUAUUUUUUUUCUUAUUAAAUUAUGGAUUGAAUAGAAUUUGUAUUCUGCAAAUUUUUGAUGAUAGAAUUAUACAUUUUUUUCUUCAAUAUUUUAAUUUUCGAGAUAAUUGGAAAAAAAAAACUAAAAAAAAAACCUAUUCUGUUUAAAUUUUAUUAUUUUUUGGAAUAAAAAGUUGUUGAGUCCAAAUUUUCAUAAAAUUACUUGCUUAAGAUAAAGAUUAUACUAAAGACUUACAAUUAUAUAUAAUUAGUUGUUAAAGUUUUUGUGUAAAAAAACUCGUAAUUUCAUAAACACAAACACAAUACACAUCUGAAUUUACUAGAAAAAAAAACUGAAUCUAAAAUUGAUUUGACGGAAGUGUUAAUGUUUUAGAAGUACUUGCCAAAACUUUAGUGAUGAUUAAUUAUUAUAAUAAAUAGAUGAAUACACAUAUUCCAUAGUGUUAGGUUCACCCAAAUGCAUGGUUUUACUUGAACUAAUAUAAGAGAAAAAGAAACGACCACCGGAAUAAAAAUAAAUACUUUUAAAUUUUACGGUUUCAACCAUUUAAGUUAUUUGACAUUUAUUUAAUCACUUAAAAUACGACGUUCACAGGUACAACAGUACCCAUCACUGCAAAAGGGACAUCCAAAAAAGUCGAUUUUAAAAAAGACUCAUUCGUUUACACUGCACAAUUUGACGCCGAUGAUGUCUCCGUCGGCAACGCCAUAUUCAACGAUUACCGGAGCCGAGAGUCGGUAAGUGACAGCAAAAACCGAACAGAGAGGACGUUAUGUUUUUGUAAAAUAUUAUAAAAUAAUAAAGUUAUUGUACAAAAGCAAAAUAUAGUACUUAAAACGCUUAUUUUUGUGUCAAAAAAUGUAUUUUACAGGAAAAGUCUUGAAAAUGUAGGCAUUAUACUCCAUUAAAUACAUAUUUCGGCCGUGAGUGUCGUUUUUAAAUUCUGAAAAAUUAACCAAAGCGCUAAUAAUUAUACACAUAUUAUAUACAAAUUACCUAUAAUAUAACGUCCUCAUAUAUGACUAUAUUAUUAUUGCAAUAAUUCUGCAGUGAUGGUGUAUUCAAGGGUACGGGCAAGGUGUGUUAUUUCAGUAUUUUUUAGAGGUGUGCGAGGUGUCAAGCGGGUCAUUAUAAAUAUUUCACCCAUAAAAAUAUGCAUAUAUUUGUAUUAGAUACCUAUGUAUUUUAUCGUGAUUUUAAUUGUCUCAGUAGAUUAUGAAUCGCAAUAAACGUAAAUAGUAAAAAGCUAUUUAAAGUCUAAAAAAUAAUAAAUAAUUUAUACUUUGCCUGUGAAAACCAAUGAUUAAUGCACUCAAAUAUAAAAUAUUGAAGAUGAGAAAUAUUGCACAAUAAAAAAAAUAAAAGCACACAAUAUAUGUAUAUUAUUAUAUGUAACUUUUGCACGAAUAAACGCUCCAAUAAAAACAAAUGAAUUAUAUUUAUAUAAGAGAAUAUAGGUACUGGCAAUUUUUAAGUCUAGCAAAUUCAUAUACAGUUUUUUCUAAAUUAAUAUUAUUUACUUCUUCAUUUUCAAUAUUUAGCUGCAUAAGAUCAUUUAGCCUUUAAUCAUCGACCAUGAAAGUGCGUAAAUAUAAUUUUACAUUUUUAAGUAAUGAAAAAAUCCUUCGUUUUUGCGAUUGUAAUUAGUAAAGUUCAAUGUCUCUUUAAUAGCAACCCUUAAUCGUUUAAUCGCAAAGUUAUCCAACUUUUGACUGUGAAUAAGUUCCUUAUUUCUAUCUAUAUUCUGUAGGUAUCAGGUAUGUCUGGUAGAUCAUAAAAUACACGAUAGAUUCAUUGUUUACUCAAUUACACACAGGUUUAUUGACAGUAAAAUACCAAUAUUUUUAAUAUAAAAAUAUAAUUUAAUUUUAAUUAUAUAAAAAACGGUGCAUUAUUUAAGCAGGCUAACAGGGACUAUUUUAAAAGUAAAGGGUGCAACCGCACACCUUGCUCCUCCCAAAUGAUGCCCCUGGUACGAGUGAGGGUACGCAUAUUACGUUAACAAAAUAAAAACUUAGUGGCUUGUCCGAUUAAGUACUAUCUACAUAUAGUACAUGGUACAUUGGAACCAAAUCGAAUAACAAUAAAUACAAUUCAAAACCCUAUAUCGCCCCAUUAAAAUAAUUUCUCCAAUACACCACCGCCGCCGUCGCGUAAUAUUAUAAAAUAUAUUACUUGUAUUAUGAAACAUUAUUCGACUUAAGUUAAUGAAUCUGUAUCACGUUUCAGCAUAAGACUGGCGUUCGAAGCCAUUUUUCAUAAAUCAGCCACAUUGCGAGACGCCAACCCGGAACAGCAAAGCUUGACGGACGUGUGUGAUCUGCAGGACAAGAGCUGUUCAACGCAGAACGUACAAGUGUACAAAAAAGUUCAACUGGUAUGAUCAUUUGGAUUUCUGGUAGUGACAGAGUAGAUAAUGGGAAUUGGUAUUUCAUCUCUUUCUAAGUAUAGAUGUAUAGUACUAGAGAGUAGUUUAUAGAUUCUGAGCGGAGAGAGGAAUGUAUUGGUUUUACUAUGAUGUUUAUUUAUUUAUAUUUAUUUAUUUUUAUCUAAGAACAACUUUUCUACCUACAAUUUUACACGGAUUUUUGAGUAUAGCACUUUUUCUAAAAGGAAAUCUGACUGAUAUUUUAAAGAGAUAAUUGUUGAUUUUUCCAACUGUUUUCAUAAUAAAUAGGAAAAACCAAGAAAAAACUUAGGAAAAACGGGAAGAUUUACGAAAUGUAUUAAGUUUUCAAUUUUUUGUUUGGUUUUGUUUUGAUUCAGUUAAAAAUAUUUGUAGAGACAUUAUAGACAUUUUAAUUUUACGUAAUUUUUGUUUUGUAGGUACCAAUUUAUUUAUUUAUAUUAAUAUAAAUUAUUAUUAUAUUAUUUAUAAUAUUUAUUUAUUGUAAGACCAAACAGAAAUUCUAUAAAAUUAAUACGGGAGGUUCAUUAAAAGUCAUACUUUAACAUCAAAUUUUGAUGAAAUUCGUAAAUAUUAUACAGCCUAAUUUGUAAAUAUUACAAAGCAAUACUAUUAACAAAACUCCGCUCAGCAUCGUUUUUCAUUAGCAAUGGUUAAUCGUUGCGUACAUUAGAUAUACAUUGAAUUUCCUCUCUAUAUACCUUUCCAACUUCUCACCUACAGCAGUGAUCCAUCCAUCGUGCGAAGUAUAUCCGUAUCUUUUUUAAAUUUAAAAACCAAUUAUAAAUUACCUUAAGCUAUUUUUGGAUAAAAUCCUUGGUUCCUACACUAACAGAGUUAUGCAAUUUUGACCAUAGAAUGAAAAACAAUACUUCGAAAUUUAAUUUUAAAAUUGCAAUAAUUGAAAUUAUUUCUAUAUGGAGUUUUGCACUUAAAAGUUAGACUUUUAAGAUCAUUUUUUCCAAUAAUAUACCGUAGCUUUCAUUAUGUACAAAUUAAAUUACUCUAUAUAAUAUAUAUCCUAUCAUGCUUCAUUUUCAAGGCUGAGCAAGUUAAUGCUAUUUUUUAAAGAAAAAAUCAUAUUACAAAUUAAAAUACCUAAUAGAACAGUAUAUAAAUGGUCCGUGUCGUAUUAGCCUAGAGAGAGAAUCAUAGACAUGUCGCCAGAGGAACAAAACGACUGGGAACAAAAGCAAAUGGACAAGAUACUGGAAUUCGACUCAUGUCACAUCGAUCCGGCACCGUUCCAGCUGGUAGAGAGGACGUCAUUACUCAAGGUUCACUCGGUGUUCUCGCUGGUCGGUGUCAAUCACGCCUACGUCACGGCCAUAGGACGUCUGGUCGGCGUCGUCGGUCUGAAAGAGGCGAGUAUAUUAUAAUACAAUUUUGAAUAAUUAUAUAUAUAUAUAUACCCAAUUAGCGUAGGUAAGUUAGGUUAGAAACGAUGAUAAAACAUUAAAACGUUUAAAUCAGAAUUUAUUCGGUGAUCGGUUUCCUGUUGUUAUCAAAGAUACAAUCAUAGAUCUUAUAAGUUAUAAUCAAAAAAUGUUACAAUAUAUGUUCAACUCAUAUAAAUAGGUAUAGGUGUGAUUAUAUUUUUGAAAUACAUUUAUUUAUACAAUUUAUUGUUAACUUGAGAAUUGUCCCACGGCUCAUAAUAAAAAAAUUAGCCUCAAUUAGUACUUAUCUAUAAUUAUUAGCGAUAAUGAUAUAUGAUUGCAAAUGACACGAUUGCAGGCGGACGUUUUUUGGGAACACGAUUAUGAACGUUUUUACUUGCCUUUUUUCGUGCGGCGUUGUCAGAUUUGGUUUUUAUCAAUUAUACAAUAAAGCUUCCAUCGUAUAACGGUCACCAAAGGAAUCGGAAAUAGUGGCCGAUAUUUAGAGGUGACCGUCCUUUAGAGAUAUUUUAUAGAGGCAUAACGGGCGAAACCAUUUUAGGCGGUACGGCACGCGGCGUGUUAAUAAUGCACCACUACACUCCUCCAAUUCAAACUUAAAAGUGGAAUAUUAUCCCAUCAAUGGAUUGACGGAAAUUAAAAACUUCAACACUAGAAUUUAUUUUAACUAAUACUCCAUCUAUUUAUGGAAUUUUUAAUAUAGUUAGUCAUUUGAAAAUCAAAAGUAAGUAGUGGUUUUACCCCCAAAAAUAAGGAUUACAAAAAUAAUAUAAAUAUGAAAUUCUAAUGCAGCUUAUUUCUUAAAUGUUCUAGAAAACAAAUUCCGGAAAAAGUUAAUACUUUCUGCGAUAAUGAGUAUACUCACUUAAUUAGAUUACCUUGUUUAAAAGAGUCAUUUUAUCAUUUUCUUAAAUAAGAAUAAUAUAAGUAAUUAUUUAAUAAAUUAAAUAUCCUACGAUUUACAAUUUGUUGCGUCUUGAACACUGACUAUAUAGCAUGUUAUGCAUGGUACCACUUCUUGUUUUAUUCUCUAAGUAUAUAGUUUCUAACAGUCUAACCAAUAACCAAUGUUGCAUAAAAAUAAAUUUUAAAAUAUCUAAAUAAAGGUAUAAGAUAGUUCCAGAAACAGCUACUUAGACGAAGUUAAAAGAAACAUCACAUUAAAUUAUACAGAUAAAUAUAUAUACAAUCACGAAAAUUUAUUUAGAUUAAAAAAAAAAGAUAAUUUUAUUCAUUAACUGUCAUAAACCAAAGUAUCUCAACCAUUAAUUCAGAUAAAAAUGUAUCCGAUUUGAUACACUCCUAGAUUUCACAUAAAGGUUUUGCGAUUAACUUAGGAAUACACAAAUUAGGUACCUACACGUUUUACAUAUUACUUAUAUUAAAUAUAUAAAUUCCUAUUGAAAAAGAUUUAUCUAGAUUAUACAAUUAUUUAUCUUAGAUAACGGCUCAGGUAACUUAUUUGUCAUUUACCUGCAUAAGAUAAAAAAAAAACAAAUAUACUUAUUUAUAUAAAAAAAUAAUACUACCUAUGUUCAACCUAGCCGAAUUUUUAUUUCAUUUACAGUUGAGAAAAGCUAUAGAGGACACAAACUCGGGAACCAAGCUCGGACACCACAAGACGACCAGUUUCCGGAGCGCCGCAAUGGAAUCGCUACUGAGCAACAGACACACCGAAGACGACGAAAUAAACGUGUAACCGCCAUUUUUAAAACACGACGCACACACGUCGUAUUAUUGAGUUUAUAAUAUUUUAUUAUUUAUUAUUAUUAUUAUUAUUAUUAUUAUUAUUAUUAUAAUUGUAUGUACGCCUGUCGCCUGCGCGUGUACAUACUUAUAUCCUAAAAUUUUACUAUAGAUACUAAUAUAUUAUUAUUUAUAUUACUGAUCGCGUUAAUUUGGUCAUAUAUUUUAAAUAUCGACCUAGAAGAGAACAAAAUGUACUCAAUAUUGUUAUAAUUAUAAUUAUUAUUGUAAAAUGAUACCUAAUAUUAUUACUAUCAUUGUACGAUUGAACGGUAUUUUAGCUCGUUUAGCCCAACGUAUAAGACGUAUAAGUGUUAACAUUCAAAUUAUCUGUAUAAUUUAAAUGGUUGUUUUUUACAUUUUUUUUUUUUGUUGUUUGUUAUUACAUAAAAAUGAUUGAUAAGUUACGAAUACAUUACUAUUAUAGUUAAAUACAAAUUACAGAAAACUUGACUUAGAACGAAAAAAUUAGGAAAAAUAAUUAGAGGGAGGGCAGGGCCGACGAUACGAUUUUCUAGGUCCAGAGAUAAAAUUGCUUAUGAUGCGACCUUUUUAAAAAAACAAUCGACGUAAUGGG